GCAGCCACUCUUCGCUCUGACGCGGCUUUCCUGCUGUUUGACUGUCUGUCAGAGGAAACCUAACAUCACCAUCUACUGCUGCUGCUGGAGGAAAUGUGCCCGUCUCCGAAAGGUAACGUAGCGAAAAGAACUCCCCCUCAAAACUAGCUUUGGUUGUUGGUUUGUUUUAAACUGCUCUCUAGUUCUUCCUCUCGGUUUGGUAAGUAGGGAGCCGCCGCGCUGACUUCUGUUUUGAUUCCUACACAGCUAACCGUCAUAGCACAGCAUUGAAGCUAGCUAACAUAAACAAAUGUUCUCCUCUGGCUCCUCUAUUUUCUUCUUACACCGCUAAAACACAACCCUGGGCUUCGAAUGAAACCAUAAAACAGGCUGAUUGUGAGAGUAAAAGUUAGAGGCCAGAAUAACGAUGAACUAGAGGAGGAAAGGUGGACAAAUAAACACAUGAUUACAGGGAAGAGUGGGGUAAGAUGAGCUAUUUUUCAUAUUUCCGAUCACUACAUCAAGUCAAUCCCCGUGUUGUCUCUGACUAGUGUAUCAUCUCUGCAUGAGUGUUAACGGAACUGUAAUCGUGAUAAUAUAGCAUGCCAAAAAAGUGGUCUCCUAUGAGCAACUUAGGGGGGUAAGUUGAGCCGUAUCUCUACUACCCACUAGAGAUCCACGUUUUUCCGAUCCAAUCCGAUACCGAUACCAAUACCUGGGCUGAGCAUAUCGGCCGAUAUCCGUUACCAAUCCAAUACUACUGUUGAAUGAAUGAAGUGUAUACCUUUCCCAAUGACAUUAGCCUUGUAACAAAUUAACACAGAUAUAAAUUUACCGACUAUUAUUUAUUAACAAAUAACAAAUUUCACAUUAACACACAGCAAAAAGAAGUAAGACUUCCAUGUAAACAUUUAGUGCAAAGGGAUAGACAGACAGAGAAUAUAGAGCGAACAGAAUCACUGUGUUACUGUGUUUGAUAUUAAUUAAAAGAAAAAAAAAUGGCUGGAUCGGAACGCUGGAUCGGUGACAUUCAUCAGAUAUCCGAUCCAGUUAAUUUGUCAAUAUCAGAGCUGAUAUCUGAUCGAAAUAUCGGAUUGGUGCAUCCUUACUACCCCCCCCCAGCCCUUCCUCACCUUCUCUCUCCCUAAAUAACAGUCACUGCUUCACAUUCAUGUGUAUUUUUAUCUAUUAUACACUAUUCAACUGGUACAAUAAUUCUUUUUAUUAUUAUUGCAUAUCAGUCGAUCAAUCAGUCUUUAUUGAUAUAGCACUUUACACCCACAACCAUGUAGCACAAAGUGUUUUACACAGAAAAAGGAAUGAAAGAAACAAAGAAAACCCAAAUCUACCCCAGUCCAACCCCUCAUUUCCACGAUCGAAAUGUAACAGAAACAGAAUUAAAACACAUGAACUUAAAAAGGGCUAAAACUUUAAAACUCAAGAUAAAGAAACACUGGAGGUUUAGGUAAAAAUCUAAACACAAAGUAACACAGAAUGAAAUUUAAGAAAUAAAUAAAAUGAAAUGAGAACAUUCACAGAUUCACAGAUCACAGACCUUUACUUUCUCAGUUACCCCUGAACUACUAUGAUGACUUUAUUAGUCCUUCAAGAUAAAAUGGUGGACCUGAUGCUGUCAAAACAAAGUGAGGCAAGUUUAUUUCUUUGGUUCUUGUACCAGCCUAUCCCAAAUAUUUACCUUUCCUAGCUAACAGAAAAGUUUGUUUAACAGUUGCUUGUACUUGUGGAGCAGAUGGCAGUGAAAUCCCAGCUCUUAAAUAGUUAUACCACUGUGUAAAACGUUAAUGAGGUGGAUGUGGAAUUGAUUUUAAACCUUAUUUUUAACAGAAAGAGUAAAAAGACAAAGUUUAUCAGAGGGACUCUUCUACUUCAGAGCCAUGCUGUUGUAAUCACACUUACCUACCUUUCGGACGAGUGGUCCUUCUCCUCUCCAGUAAAGUGGAGGAUGAUGUGUCCAUGAUUUCCUAAAAGAUGGUCACAUUUUAAUUUGUCAGGGCGCAGGUUAAAUUGACCCAAAGAGGGUGCUGACAUUCUGGUUCAUGUUUCUGUCUGGUUUCCUCUUUGCGUGGUUCAGUCUGCGGUGACUCCCACUCCAGAGUCAUGUAUGUUUUUAAUGCAGUGCAGCCUCAGGGCCCAAAGAUUAGAUCCACCUGGUGUUGGUGUCUCCUUUUAGUCCCCCUCAGUUUACAGAGUUUUAAUCUCAUUUCUUACAUGCAGAGGUUUGUUAUCGAUGCGAUUGACUGCUUUCGUUUAAUACAGUUCAAAAAGUUCAGGGUAGUUUACAAACUCUUAAUUAUUUCCUCCUGAAAGUGAUCGAACGUUUACUCUUUGGUUUCUUCAAUCGGAGGAUAUGCUGAUCUUUUUCAGCAGUUAAUAACAGAGGAUGAAGAGUUUUUCGUUUUGGGCUCUUUGUAGCUGUGAUAGAAGUUUUCCCACAUGAUUUAGAUGAAAGCUGUGAAACAAACUUAUCUGUUAAUCAGUUAUGAAGAGAAACUGUAAUUUAAUCUCUGGACUAGGGUUGCAAAGGGGCGGGAAACUUCCAGAAACUUUCCAUGGGAAGUUAAACUGGGGGAUUUUGGAAAUAAUCCAAAUUGGAAACUUUCAUGGGAAUUUAUGGGGAUUAUUGGGUAUUUACUGGAAUAAUUGGGUAUUUAUGGGAGUUAUCUGGGAAUUGGGGGUAAUUUAAACAAAUUGUCUCAUAUCCAAACAUUAAUGUAAAUAUUUUUCCCUCAACAUGAGCUUGUGUGAAAUGUUUCCACACCUCAGACGGUGAACGUGACAUUUAUCUGUGGAACAAAAUAACAAAAAAGUCUUGUAAAAACACACUAAUGCAACGACACGAACAGAAAUAUAGUCGACUAAACAACUGGGAUGGUCUUCGAAAUAUUUGACAAUUGUUAUAUAAAUGAUUGUUUGGUUGGCAGGAGUCAGAAGAAACAGCAUCACAUUUCAUGAGCUAGUUUACAUUCAGCAACUAUUUUUAUAAAAUUUUUACAAGUCAAGUAUGAAUAUUUAUAUUUACUCCAUAAUAUUAUCCAAACUUAGUUUCUAUAGUCGGUGGGCUCAAAUGUCUCCUGCUCUGGGCUCUAAACCCUCCAGGGUUCAAGAAAUCAUCUGUACAUGUGCAAAUCAAACUAAAGGUCACGUUUGUAGGGGUGCAUGUAGGGGGUGUGGCCUCAAUAGCCCUGCAGUAAGCAGUGUGCCGUGUGAUCAUGUGAUUAAGGAGUGCACUUACAUUAAAUCUGGUUGUUUUAGUCGAGAUUAUGCUACAAGAUAUUUUCACCAACUAUAUUGAAGUUCACUGCUGAGGGCCGACCUUCAGUUUUGUACAUUUCAGAUUUAUUCCCAUUAAUUCCCAUGAAAAGUUUCCAACUUUAAAAAGUCCAGAAAAGUGCGACCCUACUGCGGAGCCAUUUUUAGUCUGAGUGUGACUGUGGUUUUCUGAACGAUCGACCCUCUCUCCUUUCGUCUGUCACUCUCACGCUCUGUUUUCAGAGAUGUGGUUCACUGUUUUUGUUCCUCUUAACCGGAGGUGACUCAGCUGCUCCAUGACGGCGGACUAACACCUCAAACAGAGCCCCAGGCCGUGUCUCCCUGAUCUCUCACCCGUCCUCCUCUCUGUUGUCUUCUCUCUGCAGACUGAGGAGCACCCGAGUCCCUGAAGCGGUUUCCCGACAUGGACGGAGCACCUGAGCCCGUGUGAACCGGUUUGACUCAGUCUCAUUUUCAGCGCCGCUCUCAGACUGGAUGACAGGAGAUGAGACACAGCAGCCUGAGACCACAUCAUGAGUAUCCAGAGCCUGGGAGGAGCUAUAGGGGAGUCCCUCGGCUCUAGCCUGACGGUGCGUAUGAGCGGAGCAGGUGGCGGGUGGAGCGGUCUCUCACUGAAGCCUGUUUCCUCCGGUCGGAUCGCCUCUCUGUUCCAGACCAUGGUGCCCACCGGUUACACCAAACUACAGGAGGAGCGGCUGGCCAUGGUGGACCUGGGAGCUAAACCCGAGAGCGGCCCGCUCCAGAACGGCUACAGACAGGAAACAUCGCACAUAGAGGGCCGGCGGCUCCUGGACCGAGCCUCCCGGGCCUCUUUAUCUCUAUCUGACUGUGGAGAUGGAGGUUACUCAGAGACAGAGCCCAUGCUGGCUGAGAGGAGGCUGUCAGGGGACGAGGCAGACGCCGAGGAAGAGGAGGAGGAGGAAGGGCAGGGAAGUCAUGUGCAGAACAUGCCCAAGGAGUCGCCGCUGGCCAUGGCGCUGCAGAUCCUGGUGCCUUUCCUGCUGGCCGGAUUCGGGACGGUUUCAGCCGGGAUGGUUCUGGAUGUGGUGCAGGUCAGCUGAUUCUCACUGUUGUUGUUUAUAUGUGACAGAAUGUUCUCAGCAGACAGAGUGAUGAUAACUGAGAUAACGUGGGAACACGGUGUCAUCGCCGGAGCAAAGUCCAAAGGGGCAACGCACAAUCAGGCGCUCUCGGGCAGAAGUUUAGAUUUCAGGAAGAUUAAAACCAGAAGUCUGUCAGGAAACGAGUCAAAACAAGAUUUCUCAGAAGGAGUUUGAUGAUUCUGACAGAGAAGAGUCAAAAUAGCUUCAGAUUUUCUGGAAACGUUCUCAGUUCUUUAAUGAGUCAGGAGGAAACCAAGAGCUUUUCAGGUUUGUGGUUUAGAGAAGCAUCUGUUUCUAUCUGACUCAGGAAGCUCGUAUCGACCCGCCCCGUUUAGAUAACCACACAAACAGGUGGAGUUUAAAUGAGGCGGAGUGAAGGUGGAGUCAGAUCUGAUGUUUUUACUCCUCUGUGUCGUCUGCAGCACUGGGAGGCGUUCCAGUACAUCACGGAGAUCUUCAUCCUGGUCCCCGCUCUGCUCGGCCUGAAAGGAAACCUGGAGAUGACGCUGGCUUCAAGGCUGUCCACAGCUGUGAGCGAACACAAACACACAUCCGCACACGCUGACUCAGACAGAGGAGGAGAGCUGUAUCACUCUCCAGCAUCCAAAACUCACACUGAACUUCUCCGUAAAACAGCCGAACAGAUUCACUCACAGUUAAAGAAAGUUUAGUGACUCUCCUCUCCGGAGCCCACGGCGCUGCAGGAGUCUCUCGAUCUCGUCUUUUUAGCGUCAAAUAACAGAUUUAAAAAUAACCUUUGGACAGAAAUCAGCUCAGUAUCAGAAAAUGAUCAGGUGAUGGGUAUUACCCGGGGAUUCCACGGCGCCCACCGGAUCUGGUCCGCCGCUGCCAUCGGAGGAGAAGCUCUCCCGAGAUCUCACGUGUUUCCCUGUGAGACAUUGAAUGAGAUCCGCCGAUCGGUUUAGAUAAACACCCACAUCCCACAACCCUCUCCUAUUAUCAAGCGAAGAACAGUUCAACAUAUUGAUUUACUCUUACUCUAGCUGCAUCCAACUUGCGCGGCGACUCAUGCUGCACUGACUUGAUGCGCCCUGCUGCGGCGUCCAGCAAAAAUAAAAGCCUUGCGUAACUGAUCCGGCCGCUGUAGCCGAUCCGCAGUCUGUGGAAUCACAUGUUUGCGUAUUUGAUCCACCGGUGGAGCGGUGCAGAGCCGUUCCGGACCCUGUGGGUUUUGCCCCUUAGAGACUGACCAGCUAAUUCUGAGUCGACCAAGUUUGUAAGUGUGAAUAAAAAAGCGAGGUUAACUUUGCUUUGGUUAGGCAGUAUAAUGUCGAUGUCAUGUAGGGAUGGGCGAUAAGUAAUCAUUCACGAUAUAUCGUCAGAAAAAUCCUCCACGAUUAUUAUUUGCCGUCUCGUGAUAAAUGUGAAAAAUGCAGGUUGAUGAAUAACAAACAAACAAACAAACAAACAAACAAACAUGGCCGAAAGUGGCGAAGAUCUGCUGCAGCUGUUCGCUCUGCUCGUUUUCUCUAUAACCUACCACUUAAACCUGUGGGCAAGUUUCUGAUUUGACUACUUCCUGAACUGGUAAGGUACAGCGUUUGUGGUUUUCUCAACUUUUAUCGACUUUUAUCGGUUGUAAAAUCUGACCGUGAUAAAUCUCUGUCGCCCAUCCCUAAUGUCACGCUGUUGUUACCUUUUCCAUUUGAUAAAUUACAACAAUUUCAUGACGGAACAGAACUCUGAAACUGUCAUUAGUGUUUUAAUGAAUAAAUGUAGAAGAAGAAACUUUAGCUCGGUCCAAAAUGAACUCGAGAGAUUUCAGGAUUUCUGUUCAGCCGUGUUCAACCUUUAAAGAAAGAAACUAAAAAGACGAUAUUUGGAUUACAAAACUAAAACUUGUGGUGAAUUCCAUGAACCUCGGAAGUCGGAGCUGGAACGUCACACCCGAGUUAUCAGCGUUAAAGUCACAGAGUCGGAAAAAAGUAGCGGAAACAAGAUGGCUACAUGAAAGUUAUUCUCGCUUUGUCUGAUUAUAAACAACUUCUGGACAAAUAUGCGAAACCUGCAAACACGGUGGAUGAAGAGGAAACAAAAAGGCGCAGAAGGUUGUCUGUUUUUUCUUUAUUACAGGAGCUUCUACUUCCUGUUUACAACCGUCUUUAAAUGUCAACUCGGGGGUUGUGAGGAUCGCCCGACUUUCCGAGUCAGAAAUCCGAUCUUGGGGGUCGUUCAUGUUCAAAGCUCUGACUCGGAGCUCGGAAAUCCCGACUUCCCUGUACAACUGAAACGCACCAUAAGUCCUUUUUUUGUGCAUUUCUCUGAGUUGAAUUUUUGAUGAAUUCAUGAAGUAGAAAAAUAAAUUAGGUUACAAUUUUCAGGACAUGACUGAUAUUUGUGCCAAUAGUAACACAGAAACAGCUCAGCCCUUCACACUUUAACAGAAAUUAUAUUAAUGAGGAAAUGUGGACAAACUAGUUUAAUAACCAGUUUUUAUAAAGUUCAAAACAAACUUUUUUGCUGCUGCUGCGUCUGCAGAUGAUCUCCAAACAUGUUUAAUCUUCAGACCAGUUCAUCGGUCUACCUCUGAGUAGUUUUCACUCACUGUAGCUGAACUUUUUUCAGACAUUUCCUGAUGAAUCGAUCAGAACUGCCUCUAAAAUCCUCCGUAAACUUUCAUUCAGCUUCACAAACCUGCUCAGAUUCGUCAGGAGGAGAAAAAAAACGCUGAUGGAUGUAAAAACCUGUAAAAACUGUGAGAUGAUCUCCUGUCUUGAACCCCGGCGUUGUUCUGCUCUGACCUGACUCCGCGCUGUCAGCGAGGGUUGCAUCAUUAUUUGUGGUCGUGUCUCACCUGCAGCAGCUUCUCUGUGUGUGUGCUGUUAUUACAGGUCAUCUCUGCUCCAGUCUGUGAUUACAGCCCUGCGGUCUGUACUCCCUCAGGUGUCAGAAAAAGGAUCUUAACCUCAGAGAAAACACUCAGCCUGAUCCUCAGUCUCUGAACUUUUCAUAGUCCGAGUAAAAACCUCCUCCAGAGAGUUUUUCUGGACGGACUUCAGGGAUUUUUGUGCAGAUUAGGGAGGAGCGGAGGAAUGUGCUGAUGCUGCAGAGUUAGAGGGAUUUCCAGUAGAGCAGCAGAUCCGUCGAAAGGCAAAUUUACGGCAGCACUUGAACGUCUCAGAGUGAGGCCUUUAAAAAACUGCGUCAGAAACUCGAGUUAAAGUUCUUAUUCUGGAGUGUCUGUCCGAGGUUUCAGGUCUCUGUGUCUGUCUUAAAGCCGUCAGAGGUCAAAGAAACGCCAAAGUGACAGGACAGAGCGCUCUCUUUGUUUGCUUUUCGGCUCCCUGCGUACAGGCGCCACAUUCACAGCGCUGUGUCAACACGGACAGCAGCGCUCAGUGUGAGCCGAUCCUCCUCACUGCUGUCCAGAAAAACUGUUUGUCUUCACAUCGCUGUUGUUCUCCUCCUGAAGGCCGAGCUCUGAGUCAGGGGUUCAGGAGCGACAGUUUUUACGGCGAGUGAUCGGCAAUCCCGAAAUAAGAACCAUGACGACAUUAACGAUUAAUCAGACAUACAAAUGAGUUCUCAGAGAAGAGCAUGUUUUCACUUUUUAAACACCAAAGAAAAUCCAAGAAGAAGAAAAAGACGCUCCACAGAUCCUGAGCGGGUCCGUUUCAUCAUCAUCAUCUUCAUCACCGUCAUACGACCGUCUUUAUAAGUUAAAAACCACAGAUUCAUUUAUGGUUCUGCUUCUUCGAUGUAUCAGAGUGGACUGACGAUCCGGUCCAGUCUGCAGAUGUGUCAGAUGAAGGCGGUGCUGUUCUAGAAGCCGAUUGGACCCUUUUUUUCUCUCUGUCUGUACACGGUUAUGCAGGACGCUCUAGACCUGAUCCUGAACUGAAGCAGAAAAAAAAAGACCCGUUCUGAUCGUCCGCACGCUCCUCCUGAAGUCUCCUAACCCUUAAUAAAAUAAUGCAGCAGUUUGCCGAUGAAGUUGCUCCUGGUCGGACUCGUGUUGUUGUUGUUGUUGUUGUUGUCGUCGUCAUGGAAACGCAGAGGCUUUUUUUCUUCCUGCAGUAACUUUAUUGUGUCGCCUUCUUCUCACACAGGUGAAUGUCGGAAAGAUGGAUUCUCCCAUAGAGAAGUGGAACCUAAUCAUCGGCAACCUCGCACUGAAGCAGGUAAUCACACACACACACACACACACACACACACACACACACACACACACACACACACAUAUAUAUAUUUACUGCCCAUUAGGGGUGUGCGAUCUCUGAUUUAUUGAUUGAUGUUUAUUUUGAACAUGUUAAAAAACAAAAUAAUAAAACCGACGAUCUUCAGGGAUGGGAAUCGAAUGGUUAAGUCCAUUGACAUCGUUUACAUUUUAUCUUAACGAGAUUUUUGAGCUGUUUGCUUGUGACCAAAAAUAAAAGAAACAACCAACAAAAAGAGAGAAAAAGAAAGAAAGUGACUCGAUAUCUUGGUCUCGAUAUUUAGACCAAGUUUAGACUAGCCGGCUAACAGAGGUCUACCAGUAAAUUGCUCAAUGGCUAUCCUAAUUAUUUUGGUUUAGUACUUGGAGAUCAGUUAUGAAACUCACAGUUGCUUUUUGAAAUAAAUACUUAUGGAAUAGCAGGUUAAAGUGCGACGUCUAAAUUCUGUCUACAGAAUCUAGACGGUUGAAAAUAGGUCUAAAUAAUAAUUAGAUGUCUAAUAGCGUCUGUUGCUCAGUGGGUGUUGUUAUUAUAAAUAAGUUUUAAAUUAUUUUUAUUAAUUUUUAGACUUCUUUUAAUUUUUGUAAAUAUUGACUUUUGUGUGCGAAGUCUUAUUUUAGGUUCAAAUUCAUAUCAGAAUGAGAUAAUCCAGUUAAAAUAAAUGUUACGCUGUUUGUUGUUAAAAUCUGGAUAUUUUAUUUUAUAAAUUAUUUCACAAAAAUUUAGCAAAAAUAAAAUCGUGAUAUGAAUUUUUUCCGUAUCGCCCACCCCUACCGCCCAGCCUCACUUUGAUAUCACACAUUAAUGGCAGCUGUAGUAUUUUCCUCCCCCUCCUCGCUAAAGGCUCGUCUCUGUGUAGUUUCAGAUUCACGUUCACCGCCUUGAAAAUAUUGAAAUUGAUUUUCGAUCGAUAAAGGCUUCAAGCUUCUGCUCCUUCUGCCACAUUUAUGCAAAUCCCGGGAUCUCAGCUGCUCUGUAGUUUCUGUGUUGUUACUCAGACUGUUAUAUUGAUUUUUUAUCUGCGUAGUGUGACUGAGAACAAACUCGGCUAAUCAUUCACCCACUCGUUGAGAUAAACACGAGUGUUUUGACGAGCCGUUGGUCUGUUACGUAACAACAUCUGCAGCAGGAAACGUUACGUAAUGAAAAAGGAAAACUUAUUAUAAAGAGCGUUACCUGUUAAUCCUGCACAGACUGAUGGUCAGUGACCCUCCCCCCCUUCGUCGUCUCUCCUCCAGGUCCAGGCCACUGUGGUGGGUUUCUUGGCUGCCGUGGCGGCCGUGGUUCUCGGCUGGAUCCCAGAGGGGAAGUUCCAGAUGAGCCACGCUGUGCUGCUGUGCUCCAGCAGCGUGGCCACGGCCUUCAUAGCCUCUCUGCUGCAGGGUAAACACACACAUGUGUACACACACACACACACACAUGCAGACACAGCAGUUUAAAAUAAGCCGUUCACACUGUCGCUGUGGAGAGAGAGAGAGAGAGAGAGAGAGAGAGAGAGAGAGAGAGAGAGAGAGAGGUUUAAAAUGCCCAGAGGUUGUUUGUCUCUACAGAACAGUCGAGUUUACAACCAAGUCUGAACACACUUAUAUAACUCAAGUGGGAGAGACUGAGGAGAACACAAUCAUGUGAAAAAAACGGCGUUACUCAAACGGAGGAAAUUUUCAGAUGAAGAUGGACGACAAAAAUCGGUUGAGCCUUAAACUAAACAAGUAAAAAACAGAGAGUAUUCACACGUCAGGGGCCUGUUCUACCUGCUCCGGGGCAGGUUCGGUUCCAGAUUGAACUCACCGAGUAUAAAAAAAACCCCGCCAAAUGAAUGAAUUCAUCUUGGAAAUGAAUUAUUGUCUCCAACUUCAAAAUAAAAGCAUCACGUCAUCAAAAAAGGAUCUGUUUUACUUUGAAAAGCCUUCCUAAGGCACUGUCAUAAUAUAGACAUAAAAAUCUGAACCUCAACUUGUCGUGUUCUUGGGAUGCUCUGCGCUCGAUGUGCCCCGUAUAUGAAGCUGGUAAUCCUCAUGUAGAAAUCUCAGGUUUGAUCCUGUCCUCAAGAAAAUAAAAGGCAGAAAAAAUAAUUUCAGAGAAGUUAAAAGACAAUUUUUUUCAGUCUAUUUUGGCAAAGAUCUGUUCACAGAUUGCAGAAAGAAUCAGAGAUUCUUCUGUUUUCUCGAAUUCCUGCAGAUGAGACGCUCAUCAGUCGUGCAGCUCCUGCUGGCAGUUUGAAGAGUCUUAUUAUUUGUUAGUAUGAAACAAAAUGAAAACGAAGUUGUUCCAGAAACAAAACACACUCAACAUGUUUCCUGCUUGAAGCGCCAGGAUGAAGUUGGCCGUGGAAAUCAGGAUUUUUCACGCCAAAUCAGACCUCUCUUUAUAAAUGACUCUGAGGCUCAUGUCUGCAGGACUUGGCAGUGAAGUUUGAGAAAAUGUGACCUGAAAAAAAAAAACAAUCUGUGAGAUGAGGAAGUGGUGAUUUUACUGUCAGCUGUUUUAGCUGUAAAUUCACCUUUAAAGUUAUUUAGAUUUUCACUCAUAACAUUGUUCUAGGGCUGGGCGAUAUAGCCUCAAAUCAAUAUCACAAUAUAUUGAUCAGUUCACCUCGAUAACGAUAAAUGGACGAUAACUACUCCACAAGCUGCUCACCCCCUCCCACAUUAACUUCGUCUACUUCAGCCGCUCCAACUUUCUCUCCGUCCUCCAUCUCCUCACCUGUCUGUCCCUCUUUGUUACAGACUGGAUGGGGUGGAGUCACAAAUAUACCGAUAUGGGCAAAAUGACGUUGGUAAUUGUCAUGAAUUUCGGUAUUGUUAAAUCUUCGGUUUAUCGCCCAGCCCCAGUUGUAAUAAUGUCGUCACAACAGUGUAUUUCUUACUGCUCAUAUAAUCCCGUCUGUUGGUCACCUGCUCCGCCCUCUUUGCGUUUAUCCAGGUAUCAUCAUGGUGGGAGUAAUUGUGGGCUCCAAGAAGACGGGGAUUAACCCAGACAAUGUAGCCACACCCAUCGCCGCCAGUUUUGGUGACCUCAUAACCUUGGCGAUCCUGGCCUGGAUCAGCCAGGGCCUCUACAAGUGCCUGGGUAAGUGAACUGUGACUCCGCCUUUAACCACAGAAGAGCUGAGUGACCGUGUGACUGUCUGCAGGCUGGAAACUUUAUCAGCUGAUGAGUCUUCACUCCUCAGGGAGGAAAACUCUUAUCAGGUCUCAGCCGCACAUGAUUUAACGACAUGAGAUGAAUAUCAUCUUUUAUUCACACACACAAACCCUCCCUCACACACCAGCUCAAGGGGAAAAAUUCAUCCGCUCAUUCGCGUAAAGUUUGGAGUUUAAGUGCAGCGUGCAUAACAGAAAUAUAGACUUAUAACGAUAGAUAGACACCCCUCAGUCUCAGCUCGGUGAGUGCGGCUGUCGGAGGUGCGGCUCUAAAAUCGGCGCUUCUCUUUUCGCUCACUUGUGCCUGUCAUGAGUUUGUAAACAGGAAGAGCCAGAGGUGGUUUUAGCUCGGACACUGAGGGGUCUCUGCCUGUGAUUGUUUGUCAAACUGUGCAGUAAAAGCUGUGAGAGUGCGGAUGUGAAGGACGGUGACUCAUUUGACCAAGUUUGACUGUGAGGUCCAAAUUCAGAUCCGAUCUAACCACAGAAGAGAUCGAGUAUCACGCCAGGAGUUAAAGUCUGAAAGUCUUAUUCUGUUAUUUUUAUUAUUAUUAUUAUAUUGAUAUUUUUAAUGCCCAGCUCACAUUGGGCUUUCCUGACACCAUGAAUCCAUGCAGGCAGAGGGUGACCAUAUUCUGAAUCCCCAAAAAGAGGACACUACAACAGGAGGUGGAGUCGCAUGCAAAAUUUUAAGGCUUUUUCGGGUCGGGUCGAGUUUUUUUUUAAUGCAAUUUAAACUCAGCUUUCGUACAAAACCCCGGAAAUUUGAAGGAUUUUUUAAACUCUGGAUAAAAGGAGGACGUAUGGUCACCCUGCAUAAAUACAUACAUUUACGCCGUUAAAGAGGUUGUCUUUUCAGACAAAAUCAGGGAACAGCCAAUCUAGUUUUUGCACAUCUGGCCUCCACAUUAUUUCAGGUUUUUGUUGAACAGCUUCAUAAAACGUGAACUUCUCCGGUCAGGUACUUUUGGAGGUAACUGCUGGGAUACUCGCUCUCCGUUUACUCCGAUCUUCCAGCUCCUUUUUAUGAAAUAAAGUUUGCGUGGGUUUUUACGUUCUGCAAAAUAAUAUUUAUUAGAAAAACUAGUUUUAAUUUUUUGACUCACAUGCUGCAGAUUCCCAGAGUCCGAACAGUCCCACCUGAACAGGCGGUGUAAAAGGAGCUCAUGAUGGACGUCCCUCAGCUGUACAGCGUCUGAUGUUUCCACGCUGUCGUUGAUGCUGCGUUGGCUUGGAUACAGCCCUGUAGUACAUGAUUCAUAAAUAUUAAAGAAUAGGACAUUAUUUAGUGAGAAAGAGCGUGUCGGUACAUUUAGAGAAUGAUUACAUGAUUUCCAAUCCUAUGAUUCAGAUUAUAUAAGCAGGUUUUUUCAGAGCGCUGUCUCUGGAGGAGAUAAAACAAAUAAAGACGGUGUUUUAAAGUGAGAGCAGCUCAGCAUCUCUGAAGCAAACACUAACAAAGAGUUUUUUUUUAUUCUGCAUCUAUUUUAGACGUUUCAGCUCAAGUUUAUCAUCAAACACCAGGAAAAAGACGGAGUUAAUUUGAUGCUUUUCUGUUCUUCGCUCUGUUUGUUUUUCCUGCAUCAUGUUAUUGGAGUUGUCUCUCUCUUACUCUCGCUUUUAAACGGAGAAUUACUUUCCCCUGCAGCAAAACUAGGAUCGAAUUAUCAGAGACUUUAUAAACGUACAACAUCAAAAACCAAGUUACAAAGUGCUUUAAAAAAACAGGAGGGAAGAAAUAAUCAACAUUAUAAAAGACGUAUUCAUUUAAUAAAUCAAACUCAGUUUUAUAAAACUGUUAAAAAAGAGGUUUAAGUUGAUUUAAGAGAGACUCUUUGUUCAUAGUUUGUUUUAGGAGGAGAUAAAGUAAAUCUAAUUUUCUAUGAAAGGAGACAGUUCCCUCAGUCGUCCACUAGAGGUCCCCCCUGCCUCGCUCUCCUGUCCCUCACACUCCUCAUGUUUAAUUCAGCUCACACACACACACACACACACACACACAGACCUGUGUUGCACCACCUUGUAAUACUCACCGCAGCGUUCACUGAGAGCUGUUUCCUCCGGUUAGCGUCUCAGGCUAACUAACCCUGUCAGCUCUAAUAGCGUGUCGUAGAUGUUCGCCGCUAUGAAGGGGACAAAUUAGUGCCGUGAGUUAACCGGAUUACACACUCCUCAGAUUUGAUAUUUCCACAGCAGGGCCGUGCCGCUCUCAGGACAGUGGCUCUGUUGUUCUCAGCGCCAACACUUUCCAGCUCAACUAGAACUAAAGCGCGGUUCACCCUCAGACAGAUGGAAUUGAAAUCAUAUGAUGGUGUGAGCAGAGAUGAACCGAGUGCCUCCGAACCAGCUGAGCAGAGAUGUGAGAGAGGAGUCAGGUCCAUUCAGGUUUAUUUUAGAGAGGAGUCUGUGGUACAGUCAGAGCAUAAGGAGGACGAACACCAAGAAUGUUUGUGUAGAUGUGGAAACACUGGGACGUUUUAGGGUAAUACACAAGAGGACGGAUCUGAGACAUGAAGAAGGAGCUGCAGCGGAGUCCGAUUAAUGAAUCUGGUCGGGGUCUAGACUCCGGCUGUGUCUACACCUGCAGAACUGGACUCAUAUAUGAGCCGCCGCAACAACAAGCAGCUAAUAAUAGCAGAGAUGGAAACUAUCAUCAGCUGUUUAUUAAAGCAGAAAGCUGCGAGAGAAAACAGAUGAAACUUUGUGCUUCAGAUGAUUUAGAGGCAGCAGAGUUUAGCGAAAGUAGAGCUGUGGUAAAUUCAGAAACGUCUUUUUUUUAGUCUAUUUAUGAACAAACCGUCACUCUACAGCUGUUCAAUUCAUGAAGAAGGAGCCGCAAAAUGUUUUAAAAAUUCACUCCUUACUCUCAAUUUCCACCACAUCCAGAACGGCGACGAAAAGGUCGUAUCCGCCGAUCGUAGCUGAUCGUAACCAUUCAAGUUAACGUGUCAAUGUCCACCGUAUUUCACACCAUGCAAACGGGCGGAGACGAACAAGUGAAAGGGUUUUAGACGUCAUUUCACCCCAAUGACACCAUGGAUGAGGAGAUGCUGAUUCUAGAAGUCUAGAAGUAGAUUUCCUCCUCUGGAAGAACACAAUCUACUGCUUAUAUGUCUAUGUGUCUGUCUUUAUAGAGACAACUCGUUCUCGUGAGUUCUCAUGAUUCCCACUGUCCGUAAUCCGCCACGCAAUUCAUCUCACAAACAGAUCUGGUAGGAAUUGGCAUACGACGAAAAUUGCCACCAUUCUGGAUGCGGUGGAAAUUCCAACUUAAACUUGUUUAUCACUCAAACAGAGAAGGCAUGACCAGGACCUGGAGCUUUUGUAGCCCAGGCUGCCCCUUCAAAGAUCCCUGUAAGAGUUGGUUCUUUAUCAAUCAUCAGGCUUUGAAUUUGCCUCCUGAUCCAGAUCAAGAACAAGCGCCGGGCGUCACUCCUACAGCGAAAACAGGCGAGCAGAGAUCAUCUAAAGGAGGUGGACGAUUCCUCAGACGCAAUCAGCUGAUCAACCAGAGCAGAACAGCUGAUUGACUCAUCACACGAACAACAGCAGACUCACUGGGAUCGAUGCCGGGUCGACAAAGAAACAAUCAAACAAAUACAAAACCAGAGGCCUUCCUUACGUUGACCCAGAGGUUCUGGAUUUUCUGUAAAAACAAAUUCAUUCACAUUUUUCAUCGGUGUGUAGUCCUGAGGCUCGGACAGUCACACCUGAGAAAUGUGGAAAUGCAAACUGCAGGCAUUCCUGACCAUAACUGGAAUGAUCCGGAUUAAGAUCUCUCCACAUCCCCGUUUUUCAUCCUUAUUCGUUGUGGCUCAGGCUGAUUAUAAAGUGAGAUUUGAAGCAAAAUUCAUGAGAUGAAGUCUUUUUUUUCCAUUUAUCAGCAGACACUUGAACCUUUUUUUCUCUCAGAGGAAUGAUACUCAUCUUUAAGAAGAUCAAACAUCCGCAGCAAGAUGGCCGAUGUGUGUUUUUCUCUCAGUUAUCCAACAUCCAGUGUGGGAAGGAUUUAGCGGUUAAACAAAGCGAUGAGAGCAGAGCUAACAACACUGGAAAGCACACAAGCACUCAGGAUGGACCGGGUAAAACGUCAAACAUUUGCUCUCCCUGUUUUUUUUUUAAUUUGUCGGGGACUUCUUUCUUCCCUUAAGACAAAAUGAGUUUUACUGUAAGUUUUUAUUCUGUUGGCACAUUAAUUCUACCUGUGGCAGCACCUUUACAACCCUGAGGUCUUUAAUCUGGACUCUGUCGUCUUUAAUGUUCACAGCAGCAGCAGCAGCAGCGUGUCCUGCACAGCCCCUCUCUGUUUCCUCAGCCUGUACGUGUCUCAUUUAUUGACUGUUUUAUAAAGUCGCCCAAAUAACACAACUCCACUCUUUAAAGGUUUCACUUGGGAUUCUGCUCCUGCAGCAGGCGUGGAGCCUUAAUGUCAGUGGUGCAGCAUCCGCAGCUCAGCGCAGCGGCUGCCAUGAAGCAAGUUUAACAUACCAGGAGUUUCUUUGAACGAGGUCCAGUUGAAGAUCUCUGCUUCAGGCUCACAUAAAAGGAGGUGUGACCACCGUAGGACGUCUGCUUUAGUCUGACCCCCAAUUUUCACCGCAUCCGGAACGACAGCGAUUUUCGCCACCCGCCAAUUCCUACAGGAUCUAUUGGUGAGACGAAUUUCGUGGCGGAUUAUGGACAGCGGUAAUCGCAAGAACUCACAAGAACCCACGGAUCUGCAUGCAAUUGUGCGAUAACGAGUUAGAGGCUACCCAUUUAAGCAGUAGAUUGUGUCCUUCCAGAGGAGGAAAUCUACUUCUAGACUUCUAGAAUCAGCAUCUCCUCAUCCAUGGUGUCAUCGGGGUGAAAUGACGUCUAAAAACCUUUCACUUGUUCGUCUCCGCCCGUUUGCAUGGUGUGAAAUACAGAGUGAAACACGGAGUGUUUUAUUUUGAAAAGAAGCCGGAUGUUUUAUUUUGUGUCUGUGCCCGACUUCCUUUCCAGCACGGGUUAAUCUGUGCUGAAUUUAUCCGCCAUGCUCCGGCGUCCAGAAAAAAUAGAACUCUUGUGAUCAGCUGAGGAGUCCGGCGAUCCGCAGAGGAACGGAAAGAAGUCGGUGGAAAUUGACACGUUAACUUGAAUGGAAACGAUCAGCUACGAUCGGAGGAUACGACCUUUCCGUAGACAUUCUGGAUGUUGUAGAAAUUGGGUGUAACUGAUAACACAGGGAGAGAUGAUGUAGGGCUGCGCGAUUCAUCGAUUUUCAAUCCUAAUCGGAUUAUUUGAUUAUGACGAUGUUUAAAAAAUUUAAAUCGUCACAUCGAUUUUCCUCUUUAUCAUGUCUCAUGCCUUCAGGUCACCGUAGGCUCCUCCUCCACAGUUCCCACACCCACCAGUAUAAACAAACAUGGCGUUUGCUAAAGAAGGCGAUAAUUUCGUGGUUAAAUCGGACAAGAGCGAGUCAGUCAUGUUGAAUUGGUACGACUUCACAGUUUCAGAUGAAGAGUAAACCACUCCCCGCUGUAAAGUCUGUCUGAAGGCGGUAUCAACCCGUCACCACGGAAACAAAUUCAGGAGGAAACGCUAAAGUUUUUGUCGUAUCGGCGUUUCAGGUGACUGUAAACGGUACUUUUUUGAAAACGGGUCAGAGAGUGAAAAAAUCUGUAAACGACGACCAUUUCAUCUCCGUGUGGAUGUCUAUCUGUAUCUCUGGAAACGAUCAUGUGACACACAGAGUAACUCUUUUAUGGCGCCAAAACAACCUUUAGACUCAUGCUCUGUACUCUUCUUCUGUCUUUUGUGCAUUUCCUGUGCAGCGUUACAGCGCCACUUAUGGCUUGGCAUAUGAACUACAUCGUUAUCAGAGAGAUGAUAGAAACAUUUUUUAUUAGUGAAGUUUGUUGAAGUUUUAAAAAAUCAAAAAUCUGGAUUUUAUUUUCGUCCAAAACCGCGCAGCCCUAGGUUCAAGUAUGACAAGGAAGUAACCCUGCAGAAAAAAACAUGUUACUUGACAAAAUGAAACACUAAUUUAUCACUUUCUGGUGCAGAACAAGUCUUAAACUUCAGGAGUCAUUUCAGCCGACAUCGUAAAAAACACAGAAAUAGCUUUAGAGACCGGUUUGGUCGGAUACGUCUGUUUACUGUCCAUUUAGCCGGUGAUAAAUAUCCACAGACCGAUCAAUUUUAUUAUCAGUCUUUUCUCAUAAAACCAGCGGUGUUUAACGGUCCCGGCUGGAUAAAAAUCGUUAUUGUGUUUACUCCAUGUGAGGAAACUGGAUGACCCACUUUCACCACUUUACACCCAGACUCCCGGUUUAACUCGGACCGAUCUCUACAGAUUCAUCUCUUGACUUUUCCUGGUAAAUCUGGAUAUUUUCUGUCAGCGGUUUAACCUUCGCAUGGAUGACUCAAUCACGGGGCUUACAGCCUGUCGACACGGCCCAGCGUUUAUCAGAAAGUGUCUUACAGAGACUUGGCUCUAAUUGAAUUUCCUUCUUUAUCUGAUAACCUUGUCAUUACAUACAGCACUAAAGCUCGACUAACCCUGACAGGCUCUUAGUGAGAGUAAUCUCGCUUUAAAUGCAGGGAAACGUCUUCCUCCUUUCACUGAGAGUUUCUACAUUUGCAGCCUGAUGCUGUCAUCAUAAAACACGGAGGUUUGUAACACUUCUCAUUUCUGUCCUGCACAUUUCUCAGCUGGUGGCGUGUGGUUCUUUUUUCCCGGGAAUAUCAAUUAUUUUUGCGUUGAUUGAGGGAGACUAAGUGGCAGCUUGUCAGGGGUUCAUGUAAACAAUUUGACCUGGACAGGAUUAUAAUUGGGGUACAGCUGAUUGCUAGCUAACUCAGAUUCCCCGUCAGCGUCUGAGAAGGAGCUGGGUGGAUUUGGGACAGGCUCCCCUCCCAAAUGUGUGCCACAGAAAAUCUGCCUCAGCUUUAUAUUUUGGGAAAGGAGGUCUGCUGCAGCCCAUUACACCUCCAGCUGAACACUGAGCUCUUUCUGCUCCCCGGCUCAGGGACCACAGGGAUGAUAAAUCUGGGACUGUUUCCUAAUGACAGUUAUUUAGUACUUGGACCAGAAUCCAGCUGGAAACCUGUAGUGGCCCUUAGCAGGUGUUUCACCCUAAUUACACUUGAAAAUAGCGGUGUUUUGCUUUAUUAUAGUCUGAACAAAGAGGUUUAGAGAGUGAAAGAAACCAUUUUUUAAUGCUUUCAGGCUAAAUGUGAGAUAUUUUUACAGCUAUAUUAGAUGAAUUUAGCAGAAAACAGGAUUGGUGUUUGUGGUAUUUUUAAACCUGGACUAUAGGCUGCAUGGUUGGUAGUUUACAACCCUAACCCGGGAUUUCCACCGCAUCUGGAACGGCUCCGAUCCGGAACGGCAGCAAUUUUCGCCGUACGCCAAUUCCUACCAGAUGCAUUGGUGAGGGGAAUUCCAUGGUGGAUUACGGACAGCAGGAAUUGCGAGAACUCACGAGAACCUGUGGAUUCACGUUCAAUCGCGCGAUAACAAGUUGUCUUUAGCCACAGAGGCUAACCAUAUCAGUAGUAGACCGUGUCCUUCCAGAGGAGGAAAUCUACUUCUAGACGUCUAGAAUCAGCAUCUCCUCAUCCAUGGUGUCAUCGGGGUGAAAUGGCGUCUAAAAACCUUUCACUUUCACCACCAGUUUACAGGGUGUGAAAUACAAUCGGCCUGAAGCACGGAGUGUUUUAUUUUGAAAAGAAGACGGCUGUUUGAGCCGAGCGUCAUCACAGCGACUCUCUGCGACUCUCCUGUCGAAUGCGCACAACGCUACUGCGCAAUAUUGGUAAAUGGAAAAGGAAAUGAAGAAAAAUCGCAGAAAUACCGAGAGCUUUUUGGCUUUAAAUCCGUUUACUGGCGGGAGGCGGAACCAAGUUGUCCAGAGUAUAUACAGUCUGUGGUAGUGACUGAAAGAACAAGAUCACGUGUACAAGCGGCUGAGGGUGGCUGGGCUCUCCCUCAGAGAUAGGGUGAGAAGCUCGGUCAUCCAGGAGGGUUUCGGAGUAGGUGUUUAGGUGCACGUCAAAUCGGUAGGAGUCCACGGGGAAGACCUAGGACUCGCUGAAGAAACUGUGUCUCUCAGCUGGCCUGGGUCCUUCGGGAAGAGCUGGACCAAGUGGCCCGGGUUGAGGGAAGUCUGUAGAAAUCUGUUGUUCCAUCUCUGGACCUCUGCAGACCGUUUGGUCCUUGUCCAGCUGCCUCCUACACUCCAACUCUGAGGUUUAAACGUUCACGCUCCACCUUCCCCAUCCCCGCUGACAGGUGCUGUUGUAACAGGAUGAUGGAUGAUGUUCCCUUCACCUGUCAGCAGGUUUGAUGUUACGGCUGAUUGAUGACCAUCAGCUAAAAGCUCUCAUUUUUUUCACCUCUGAUUGGAUCAGAUCGUCACUUUCUGUGUCUGACAGCUCUAGUUAAGAAAAACCUUUUUCCAAAACCAAAAACACUCUCCUACUCAAAGUCAUGAAACAUCAUUAACCACAACGAUAAUUCUGCCUCACUCGACAAUAAAGAGCCGACUGAUCAGGCGGGAGAGGAAAGUUAUGGAUGUUGGAUUUAUUGAAGAAUUUAGAAACAUCAAAACUUUCAGAGUAAGAAUUUAACUCUCUGAGACUCUCUGUGCACGUCCAGGUAACUUCAGCCUCUGUCUGUCUGUAGGGAGAACAGCUUGACUGGAGUAUCACCAGGAUGGGAAUUUCUACCUCAGAUCCAGAGUCCUUCAGUGUCGACCUUUAGCCAAAUAUUUAGUUUAACGAUCCCUUAAAGUGUCUGAUUUGUCUAUGGGGACUUGAGUGUGAUCGAACAGCUGUUUUCUGCUCUCAUUAAGGCCUGCAAAGAUCACACCCCUGUUCAUAUUCCUCAGACUAAGACACAAAGUUAUAUCGCUUUGCUAAUGUUCCUAAAAGCCGGAUAUCAUAUCAGUUGAGGCGUCUCUCAAAGGACUCUGGCGGUUUCUUCGCCGUUUCUCUGAUGCAUGCUGGGAAAGACUCAAAAAUGAAAGCGUCUCUUCUUUUCCUCAGAUUCCUACCCGUACGUGUCGUCCCUGGUCUGUGCUUUCUUCAUGUGUCUGACUCCUCUGUGGAUCGUCAUCUCCUCCAAACACCCGGCCAGCCGCACCCUGCUGUACUCCGGAUGGGAGCCAGUCAUCACCGCCAUGGUCAUCAGCAGGUGUGUGUGACUGUGUGUGUGUGUGACUGUGUGUUUUUGGUCUUCAAAGCGGAAAGAACAGCUAUUCUGCAGCUCUCGGUGUCUGGUUUGGUUGAUGACUCAUCCCUAAACAAAUCAUAGCAUCCCAGCACACUCUCACACACACACACACUCACACACACUCACAAACACACACACACCCUGGGGUCUCCUUGCGUCUGGCAGGCUUACUAAUACAGCCCGUAGGAAGGGAUUGAUUGUCUCUCUCGCCCCUCCGUGCUGUGUGGUGAUUCUGCGUUUCUCCAGCUUGUAUAAAAGAGAAAAUAAAUAUUAGUUCUUGUCACUAUUAGCUGAAAACUAUUUAAAAAAAUCUCCUUUUUUUCCGUCAUUGGCUUUCUCUCAGCCCCCUCCAUUCAGUCCUGCUGACAAAGCGUUUAUAGAGAAGCACACAAAUUCACUGUGGACAUCAUUUAGAUGAAGACAAUACUCUGUCUCUCUCUCCCGCUCCCUCCAUGCCCUCUUUGUCUCCCUCUCUCUCCCACGUCUUUCACACACUCACAGUGAAUAACAGCAGUUAAUGAUCUUUUUAUGUUCCAGCAUCGGAGGGCUCAUCCUGGACAAAACGGUGUCUGACCCAAAUCUGGCUGGCAUCGUCGUCUACACCCCGGUUAUCAACGGUGAGUCGCUCUGCUGGCACUGCUUCUUUCUUUACUCUGAAAGGCUUCGAGGUGUCGCAGUUUGAUUUGCAACCCUUCCUCAGAGCACGAAAAGAUGAGGAGGAUGUGGUCCGAGUCUACAGCGAAGGGGGUUGAUUUAAAACCCUCUAAAUCCUAGGAGGAUUCACAAAAGACAUGUACACAUGUAAAGAAAACUCUGCUCCAAGCCUAGACCGUAUAUUUCUGUGUCUGUGAAAGGACUCGGCUCGUUGGAGUCAGAGGACUGUGGUGUGUUCAAUGACCCACAUACAUCCCUGUCAGUUUCAUUUAAAGACUGAGGCUGUAGAGUCAAUAACCUCCUUUAAAGAUAAGAUAAACCUUUGUUCCUUCCACAGUGGGGAAAUUUACAAAGUCUCUCAAGGCCCAAACCAGUUGAGACGUAAUGCUGUCACUUUAUACGUUAACAACAUGCCUCUUUUUAGAGUGUAUGAUGUAUUUAUCUGACGUCGUACUGCUUUUUUGAUGAAACAUAUAUAGGCUGGGUCCUGUAUUUUCCUUUUACUCUCACAGGCAUCAGGUCCUUCCUUUGUAUGGAACAGGCAUGUAUUAGAGUCAGGCCUUUAUUAGAGUCAGGUCUGUAUUCGAGUCAGGUCUGUAUUAGAGUCCUGCUUUUAUAGAAGUCAGACCUGUCUUAGGUCAGGCUUGUAUUAGAGUCAUGCUUGUAUUAGAGUCAGGCCUGUAUUAGAGUCAGGCCUGUAUUAGAGUCAGGCCUGUAUUAGAGUCAGGCCUGUGUAAGAGUCAGACCUGUAUUAGAGUCAGACCUGUAUUAUAGUGAGGCCUUUAUAAGGGUCAGGCAUGUAUUAGAGUCAGGCCUGUAUUACAGUGAGGCCUUUAUUAGAGUCAGAUCUGUGUUAUAGUGAGGCCUCUAUUAAAGUCAGACCUGUAUUAGAGUCAGGCCUGUAUAAAAGUCAAGCCUUUAUUAGAGUUGGUCUUGGAGAAGAGUCAGAUCUGUAUUAGAGUCAGGCCUGUAUUAGAGUGAGGCCUUUCUUAGAGUUAGUCCUGUAUUACAGUUGGUCCUGUAUAAGAGUCAGGCCUAUAUUGAAGCUAGACCCUAGAGGCAGGCCUUUAUUAGAGUCAGGUCUGAAUUAGAGUCAGGCCUGUAUUAGAGUCCUGCCUUUAUAAUAAUCAGGCCUGUAUUAGAGUCAGGCCUGUAUUAAAAGACGGGUCUCUAUUAUAUCAGGCCUGUAUUAAAAGACGGGUCUCUAUUAUAUCAGGCCUGUAUUAAAGUCAGAACUGUAUUAAAGUCAGACCUGUAUUAGAGUCCCCCUUUUAUAGUAGUCAGACCUGUCUUAGGUCAGGCUUGUAUCGGAGGCAGGCCUGUAUCAGAGUCAGGCCUUUAUUAAAGUCUUUAUAUUUAAUUCUUUCUUUCUAAGAAUCAUUAUAUGGAGGACCUUGUUCACGAUCAUUUUACUGUAGUGUAAAUGAGCCUAAUUUACACUUGAUAAUACUCAAAGCUCAUGCAGAGGGUUUGAUACUCCACAAACUCCUACAGGGCAAAUAGCAUCUCUGUUCUCUGGUGUUUACAUACAGGCUGAAUAUUCAACCUAUCAGUUUGUUUAUAUUUUCAAACAUGUUGCUUCAUUCUUGCGUCAGGAUUUGAGCAGGUUAUCAACUUUAAAAUUUGACAUAUUUGAUUUAAACUGACUUUAUAAUUCAACAUCAAGGACCAUCAGGAUGAGAGUGCAGCUCUGAGCAGCAGAGAGUGAAGAUGUCAAACAGUCAGGGUUUAUUGUCGUUAUUAUUAUUUUUGGACAGAAUAUGAGACUGGUGUGUGAUCACGAUGAACUUCUAUAAAAGAGAGUAUAAAAGUGCUUCCUCUGAUGAUCUAUUCUCCUGAUUCGGGUCAGAAUUAGGGGCCUGGCUGCAGAUUGAAAAAUGGGUUAUUUCGAGUAUUUAUGAUAAAUGUUUUACUGUCGGUCGCUCUGUUCAUCUCUUUGAUUUAGCAGCUAAGACAGCUGUUAAACUCAGCAGAUUCACCCAAAACUGUAUAAAACCCUCUGCAUGGUUAGUUUCCUGCUCUGGGUUGCAAAAAUAUUUUAGUUUGUAGAAUAAAACUGCUGCCGUCGUCCUCAGAUAUGUUUUUUUCCACAGUAUAGAGCAUUAUUAAAUAGAGAUGUACACUGAAAUGAUCAUGGGCGGUGUGAUAUGGAAUAACCUUAACCUGUUCCCAGCUCGGCUGCAGUUCCUCUCUGUCUGUUGAUUCGGUGAAAAUAAUGAAUACGACCUUUCAAUGACAAAUUUAAUUCGACUGUGGAUGAGUUAGACUUUUUCAUUAUCCAUCAUUGUUAUAACAAGGCCCCAAUUUUCUGUCAUCCUCUUUUAUUAGUUGUCCUUUUAACUGUCUGUCUCCAAAUGACAAUGAGAGAAAGCCUCAGAACGAAACCUGAAAAAACAGCCGAACAAAUGUGUGUUUUGUGCAAGUUCUAAAAGAGACAACCGAACAAACACAGACUCUGAUUGUGCGUCACACAAAGCAGAUGAGUGAUUUUAACGAGCUGGUUGACAUCUGUCAGAGUUUUAAUUUGGCUGCUUUUGUCAUCGCUCAGAGCACUUCUCUGAAUCCUUGUCCACCCUCAGAGUCGGCUUUUCUUUACUCCUGCUUUUACUGAUCUGUACAAUCCCUCUUGCUUCAUUACCUCCUGCCGGAUCCUUCGCUGCGUCGGAUGCUGUUUUCUAACCCGGGCAUCCACCAGAACGGACUCGUUUGGCCUCCUGAAUAAACUCAAGGCCCUCAGCUGUAGUAACAGUUUGAAAGAGCUCCACUAAAUCAGUCGGACAACAAGGUCACGCAUGUGAGAUUAAAAGAGAGUUAAAGGAGAAGGUUAUAAAUCUGCAAAAUAUCCACAAACUGGCAAAGCUGGUUUACUGCAGGUGGUCUACUCGAGAGAAGGUCAUUUCGAGUAAAAACAAAACGAUGAUUUGAACGUUCGAACCCCUGAGAGCGGGGCGCUCUGCGAGGUGAAGCAUGUCCGAGACUGUGGAUGGACUGAAGCUUCCUCCUUAAUGAGGUUCUGUCUUAAUAAGCGGCGGUGAUGCCCUUCAAUCUAAUUUCCCACAGCAGGCGGAAACAAGCUGUUUAACUUUGUCAACAAAGAAGCCGUCUGCCGUUUAUUCUUCUCAGUUUGCAAUUAAUGCGGCGUUUGACCCGCCUGAGCUGAGCGAUAGACAAAGUGUUUAUACACAAGAUGGAUGACGCGCCGCGGAGUCUAUUUGUCUCGUUGUGCGGCUCCCAGGUGAGAGAGUGGAAACAGGAGUGUGCUCAGUCAACACGGCGGCUCCGUGGAUAAAUGAAGGUGACCAAACACAGACUCUGAGCGCUCAUCAGCAUAAAUAAGGAGCCCGGGGAGACCGGUUCAGGCCGUCUGUCUCCACUUCACAGAACUGGUCCUCUUCCAUUUCCUCUCGCUUCCAUCUCCCACCACGACUGGCUCAGCCGCCGCCGCGGCAGCCAGGGGCGCUGGCACCUUCACAAUAAGAGAUAAGCUUUUAAUUUAAAUGGCAUUAAUGAGAGACAUUUAAGGAGAUGGAGCAUGAUUCUGCCUCUAAUUGGUUUUCCGUCGAGACGCUGAACAGCUGUGGGAUGGAGGGAGCGUGUGUCUGUUUGUGAGUUUGAGAGGGGAAAAAAGGAAAUCCAGGUCUCAGCCAACUUUCCAGCAACAUUUCAAUCAGUGAGCUGAUUAAAAUGCAGGAAGACGAAGAGAAACUGAUGUGAACGGCGAGAUGAGGGACGGCGGGUUCAAUGAAAAUAGAGGAAGAAUACCUCGUUUACCCCGCUGACCUCAAUUAUUUCAUUUAGAUAUAAAAGUGCUUUUUUAUCCGUCUGCCUCUCUGACAGGAUGAGAUCAUAAGCUGUAUAUGGGUGAAGCCACUCCGAGAACAGCGCCCUCUGGUGACGGGCUGCAGUAUAGGUCAUAAACCCCGCCUCCUUAUGGAGCUGUGGACAAACUUUAUAAAUGAAUGACCCAGAAUAUAAAUGUUUCUCCCCCCUGGUUGUGAUGUUGACAUGUAGUUACUGUCAGACUGGUUUGAGCUCAAGUCCUUUUUUUUCUGUACAGCUCCAUUUUUAAAAGUUAUUAGGGGGUUCAUGUUUUCUAUGAUUGACACCUGAUACAGCCAAUGGGCGUACGAAGAUUGCGUAGCUCACACAGGGGAUACGCUGUUUGAGCCGAGCGUCAUCACAGCUACUUUUCUGUCGAAUGUGCACAAAGCUACUGCACAAUGUUGGUUUAAGGAAAAUGAAAAAGUGAAAUUACCGAGAGCUUUUUGGCUUCAAAUCCGUAUACUGGCGGGAGGCGGAACCAAGUUGUCCAUAUUAUAUGCAGUCUAUAAAUGAGACUCUAAAUUUGAUUACAUUUUAAACUCUUCAAAGGUGGUGUUAGGGCUGGACAAUAAAACCGAAAAUUUACGAUACAAAAAUUUACGACAAUAACCGACGUCAUUUUGCCUUCAUCAGUACGGUUGGGUAUCGUUUGAUUUUGAACGAUUCCGGUUCCGUUCCGAUUCUGAAUCCUCGUUUCGAUUCCGGUUCCUAACAAUUCUCUAUUCCGAUUCUUUUAAAAGGCAGGAUAUAAGAAAAAAAAUACAUGGUUUAAAUGAGGGUGCUAACCAGAGUUCUUCUUUUUGAAUAAAAUUUCUGAACUUCUCCAUGAAUUUUUAAUUUAUAUGAACUUUUUAAGAACUUUACUUUGAAUUUCUCACAUUUUCAACCAGUUUAUAAAUAUGAAUCUUUGUUGUCAGGUCGUUUGUCUGUGAAAAAGUACACGGGCUAACGUUCGUUGGAUAUUUAAGUUGACCCACCGUAUACCAUACAAUCUGUUUGUCGCUUCAAAGUUAGACAGAAGGCUGAAGGAGACUAAGUUAAUGUGGGAGGGGAUGAGCAGCUUGUGGAUGUAGUUAUCGUCUAUUUAUCGUUAUCAAGGUGGACCGAUCAAUAUAUCGUGAUAUUGAUUUGAGGACAUAUCGCCCAGCCCUAAAUGGUGUGUUACGCCUGAGAAAGUGUCCGCCUGUUAGUCCGCUGCUGUUUUUGCUCUGUUGACGGUGGAUAAAGAUGGACAGUCGCUCUCUGCCUCAUCCCUCUUUUUUACUGUCUGUUUAUCCGUCACACUCUCAGUUUUCGGGGCGCUUCACGGCAGCUGGGACUGAAUUUAAAUCUUUUGGGUUGACAUUGAUGCCUUCUUUGUUGUUGGUGCUCGAAUUUACAGAAGAACCCUUCAGUGUGUUUGCUGCUGUCUGAAGUUUUGGGUUAAUGUGACGUCAGAAACGACCAAAGCCUCCGUCUUUAUCGAAACAAUCACACACACAGAUUUGUACUCAAAGCUGCAGGGACUGAAAUAGUCCGGGACACGGUUGGGGAGGAGGGAAGAGUGCCAUUAUUGAAAACAAAGUGCUGAAUCAGGGAAACAAAAUGGUAUUUUCUAAAUGUGUCACAGCAAUUACACUUUAAAGAGCAGAUUAUCACGCCCACACCUCUGCACAGCCCUGCAGGAGGGGACGGGAUUUGGGUCUGUUUGCAUGCAGCCAAGGAAAUGCUCUCUCCCUCCUCUCUCUCUCCUUCUCUGUGUCAGAUCUGCAGCUCUCAUACAGCACACCUGUCCUCCCUUUUGCACAGUUGCACAGUUUCCUCUUCAGCGUCCACAGCCCAGUAUUUGUCUCUGGAUUAAAGAAGCAGAAACAGACGAAGCCGUUUAUUGUCUCCAAACUGCAGAUUAAUAAGCACAAAGUUUACAAGCGGAGCAGGAAGAGGAGGGGAGGCUGCAGAUGGUGAUGAAUCAAAAACAGAUCAUCUCACUUUUUAGACUCCAAACACAAAACAAAUAUCCUCACUUUUCUAAGCUGUGAAUCCAAAUACCAGGGCUCAAGUCCAGGACUCAGGACUCAGCGCUGAUGAUGCAGCAAAAUUACACGAACCAGCCCUUUACUUUCUCAGUCAGGAGGAGCUAUGAUCAGUGAGGUACCGACUGAAAGUGGACGAUUUUCAUAUAUCUAGAUUUUUCUGGACACCUGCAGAGAUGCUGAGUCUUUUAGGCUUUUAAGCAGGACACACACAGAGCAUUACGUCUUCACUGAUAAAUCUCAGCGCCAACAGGAUCAGUCAGCGUCUAAUAUCAACGAGUGAAAUCUGUUUUCAUUCUGUAAAAAUCAGGUUAACUUCCAGCCCUGUGCAGAGGACAGGAGUCUCUGUGUCCUUCCACCGCCUUCGUCAUCUUCAGUCACAGUUACUCCUGCAGCAGCGGGACUUUUCCUGCUCUGUGGACAGAGAUUCAGUGAGUUUGCGUCACUUUUAAAACCCUAAUUUAAGGUUCAGACUAAAACCAACGUGGACUUUCAUCAUAAUGGUUCAUACAAAGUGUUACUGGAGUGUAAAUAAGAGUCAUGUGAUCAUGUUUCCUCGUCUGCAGGUAAAACUUUAGGCUCUGCUCCCCCUCUUCUUGUUUUUACUGAGUCUUUAAUCUUCGCUCGUCCUUGUGGCAUAUUUACGUUUUCCCUCCUCUUGUUUGUUUUCUGUCAGAUAAGAUGUCGGCCAUCUUUAUGUUUCCAUCCUUUCUCCUUUCAUUACAUUUUAUCGCUGCGUCAAGUCGAACCUCGAUGUUGCAGCUGCUCAAAUAAAUGAAACGAAAUUCAAGUGGAAGGAGGGGAGUAGAGAUGAGAUGAGGGAGCAGACAGUUCACAUGUCUCCCCCCUCCAGGCAGAGCAGUCCGGCUCCGAGGAGCACAGACCCCCUGCGGUUUCCCAUGAAGCCUUUCUGCAGCCAGAGACCCCCUCAUCCUCCUUAUCCCCAUUCCUCCUGUCAGACCCAGUGACCUGGAUAAGUCAGAAACCCCCAAAUCUCACUCUCCCUCUGCCCCCUGCUGAGAUUGUAAGAACAACCUCCGCCUGUUAAGCCCCCAUCCUAACCCCAAACACCCCGAAGGACUAAAAGCCAGAAAGUCAGAAUCACCGCGCACUCCAAGUGCACAAUUAAUCUGAUUUAACGCUGUUUUGACAGGAAGAGUGGAGCAUACAUUAUUUUCAAAUGCCAAACUGCGCUCUUAUUCUUCGAGGUUUGGAAGCGUCACGGUGAUGCCCCAAAAUUAGAGAAGAAAAGAGGAAAGCUUCUGCAGAUCCGACUAAAAUAUCCGCCUCCCUGUUUGAAGUGUUCGAGGACUUAUUGACUUAUCGACAUUUUCCCUGCUGGUGUUCAGACUGUAUCCUGCUCUGAUGAGUUAAAUCCCGUACCAAACCGGGGCGUUAUGGUGGGACCGAGUCGCCAUCCCGCCAUCACGCCGGCGUUGGAGGUGGUAUCAGAGGAGUUUCUGGGAGGAGACUCAGCAGAGCAGCUCCGUGUCUGCAUGUGUUUCUCUUGGAUUCUCAUCAUAAGUAUAAAAUUAAAGAAGUAGUGAAGUUGAGAAAAAAAUUCAGUGAUUUCAGUCUCCAACAAAUCAGAGCAGCUGUAGGGCCGGGCGAUAUGACCGUAAAUCAAUCAAUCUUUUAUUAGAUUUCUGAUAUUAAAACACAUCUGAUUACUAAGAGCCCCCGAAGACUUAAUGGGGUCUAUAAUUUUGUAGUUUCAGUACGGUCUUAAAGUUAUUAAUGGGGGGACAGGAAAAUAAAUUAAACGGAAAAAAAUUUAUAUCUAUUCAAAUGUGUCAUAAUAUUUGGAUUUAAUGAUAAAAAUGAACUGUAUAUAUUAUAAUGAUAAAAUGAAAUAUAAAGGAACACGUAGUUAAAAUGGUGAAACAGGCGGCUGGAGGACUAAGACAACCAUCAACAUAAUAAUAAUAAUAAUAAUAAUAAUGUCAUCAAUAUUAAUGAUAACACAAUAAAAGUAAUAAUACUAAUAUUAGCUGCAGUAACAACAGAGAAAAACUUUAUUAUAUAAAUGGAAAACAGAAAAAACGGGGAAGAUAAUAUAAUUUUGCUUCUUUCUGCCCACUUUCAUUCAAGAAUUACAGUAUCAUCUUUUUUUUAUAAGUUUUAUUUUAAUUUUUUAUGCUCCAUAAAUGAGUGAAAUAAAUGAAUAAACUAAACAAAAAAUACAGAGAGUAUUGAUAUUAAUUUUACAGUUUAAAUGUUGUUUAUACUGCCAACAACACUUAUUAUUAUCGUUUUUUUGUUUGUUUGUUUUUGGCGAUUUUUACCUUUUUCUUAUUUAUAGGACAGGGUGAAAUGUGGCGAGAUAGAAGAGAGUGGGGUGGACAUGCAGCACAUGGUCGGGGCCAGACUCAAACCUGCGACCGCUCCGACCCCACACAUGAGGCGCUAACCUGCUUUCUUUCUGGGUUUUUCCAACACGAGCCGAGCCAGCCUGAUAGUUCUCCAGUCAAUCUUUAGAUUUAGACACCAAAUUCACCGAACUGCUCCUUUAAAGAUCUUUCCAGAUCAGAGCGUAAUACGGCGUAAUAUCCAGAUGAUGGGAGCCUGAGUGGGACAUAAACGACAUGAGGGGGAGAAAUGGGGCGUAGCGACUGCAGUGAAGUUAUGUGUGUUUACAGGCCCAGUGGGAGCGCCGCUAACGCUCCAAUAAAACGCCACCAGACGGACAGAGAGCCACGGUGGAUUGAACUGAGUAGACAUCGCCCUGAGGUGGUGGUGGCAGUGUUAAUUUAAUACACUCACCACAAUAACAAGCCUGGUCAGAGGGGGGGGUCUGAGACACACACGUCCUGUUGUCUGCUUUGCUGUACAUGACCACUCCAGUCAAUGAAAUUCAAGCUCAUACAGAAGAGCUGCUUCUCCGCUGCACUGCGAGCUCUUGAAUUCAUUUUUCAUGCUAGUGAAUAAAAGAAGUGUCUCUCUCUCCCUCUUUCUUUUCUCUCGCUCCUGCUCUGAACGGGGUUUGCCCUCUCAGAAGAGGCUUCCCUCCCUCCCUCCUCUAAGACGUGCUCACCUGUCAUCUCUCUGUAUGUAUGCGAGCCCCCCCUGCAGAGCUCCGUCACCAGACUGAAGAUGGAGAGUUAGCGUGUGAGGGAAAGGUGCUGCGGCUGCAUCAUGUGAAUCUAAAGUGGUUGGUUGGUUUGUCGGUGCAGAUGGCGUCCCACCUGCUCCGGUCCGUGUGUCGACUUGAUUGCAUUUUAAAUCUUACAUUGAAAAGAGAACACCAUGAAUACCAGAUCGGAGGCGAGUGCUGUGAAAAGCAGCAUUUGAGGGUUUUUUUUCUGUAUUUUUAUAAAAGUACCCGUCUGAAACUCUCUCUGUGUGGAUUUUUGCUCAUUUUUUUGAAGUGUUCAUGUGGAGCCUGUGAGGCAUCUGGAAAAUCAAAGUAAAUGUGUCUCAAAAACUGAAGGAUUUGAGCUUUUUUUCUUACAUUUGAUUAGAGGCUGCAGGUCAAAUAAAUCAUUCAGUCUUUUCAAGCUUUUCUAAAACGUCCUUCACAACAUCAAGACUUCAGACCGUGUUUAAUUAUGAUCCAGAACGAUGUCUCUCAGUCAUUAACUCAUGAGUGUUUGUGGACGCACUGCAGCCUCUCUCUGUUUGUGCUCGUCUGUCCUUUAGCUUUUCAGACACACACAAACUGCUCCUCUCUCCUCCUCCUCCUCCUCCUCUCUCCUCUCAUAUAUGAAUCAUUUCUUUUUCUGUGAUUCAUCCUCUUCAAGCAGACCUGAGCCGACUUUUAUUAAAAGACGAUGAAACAGUUUUGAAAAGUACCUUCAAGGGACUUUUGAUAGGGAUGGGAAUUGAGAACCGGUUCUCAACAACAUGGUUCAAUCCAUGGACAUCAUUUGCAUUUUAUCUUAACGUUUUCUUUCUUCCGGGGGCCUUGAAAAAUGGUCUCGCGAGUACCAGUCUACGCAAACGGGAACAGAGAAAAAAACAUAGCUGAUGGUUAUAAAGUCGGCAGAAACGAGCUAAAGUGUGGAUUAAUUUUACUAACAAUGACAACAGUGCAGCGUUUGUCGAGCAGUGAUAACAUGCAAAGGUGGAAAAACCAGCAACAUGCUUAAACAUUUGUCAGCGGGGUAUUAAAUAUAAAGAGUCACAUGUAUUCGAUGCUCUCCGCCGGUCGUCAGCCGCUGCAGCUCCAUCUCAGCACAGCAGGGAAGGUACGCAAUUUAGGGUGACCACACGUCCUCUUUUACCCGGACAUGUCCUCUUUUGGGGGGCCGUCCAGGGGAGUUUUUAAAAUCCUUCAAAUGUCCAGAAUAUGUUUCUAUUGUUUAUAAAACAGUGCAGAGCAUCAGUCCUCUCUGCAGCUCCGCUCACUUCUAAGCAAAGACACUGACGCGACGCAGCAUGCGCUGUCUUUGGGAAUUUAGAAUAAUUUACGUUUAACUGAGUUAGAAGCACAUAAAAAACACUCGACCCGACCAAAAAACCCGCAAGUCCGCCCCGCGUAGUAGUGUCGUCUUUUUGGGGAUUCAGAAUAUGGUCACUCUAACGUAUGUCCUGUGUUAACAUAAACGCAAUCCAUUACAAAAAUGAAGCACAAAUAUCAUUUUGGUUUGAUUAUUUUAGACUCCCACUGAAGGUGGUGUACUUCUUUUUCUGAAACUCAAUAAAAUUUUGAGUUAACAUUUUUUUUUUUUUAUCGAACAAAGACAUUGAUAAGGGAAUCGUUAAAGAAUUUAAUUAAUAAGCAGAAUCGUUAAUGGCAGCGAUAUCGAUAAAAUCUUAUCAAUUCCCAUCCUUAACUUUUGAUGACCGGCUCCUUUUUGAUUUUCAGUUCAUUUAAUUAUGACUUUUGUAAAUGGAGGGAGCUUCAGGUUCCUUUUAGGGCUGGGCGAUAUGGGGAAAAGUUUAUCAUGAUAUAUUUUUUUCAUAUCAGUCGAUAUCGAUAAAUAUCACAAUAUUAAAAAAAAUCACUCGUCAAUCUUAAAUGUUCCCCGUUACUCUUAAAUGAAAUUUAACACGUACUCGACAUAUUUUGCACAUUCAGCACAUGAUUGGUUCAGCGCAGCGUGACCCCAAGCAACUCCUCUUUUCAUUGGCUAUUCGUACAGUCAAACAAACAUGGCAGAAUGACGACAAUCGAAAAGCAUAUUGACCGUGUUUCAUAUCAAUAACAAGAGAAAUUGAUUUUUGAUAUAUAUCAUUAUCAUUUUAUCGCCCAGCCCUAGUUCCUCUGCUGAGUUUUAUCUAGAUGCGUUAUCUGAGAACCUCUAAAUAAUGAAGCUAGAAGCUCUUUUCACAUGAAGAUUUCACUCUCUCUAAGAUUAAAAGUCCACUGUUUCAUCAGGAGUGAUCUGAAAUCUUCCCCUGUAAACGUGGUUUUGGUCUCGGUCUUUAAAAUGAAACUCUGGGAUCGUUUACAGCGGAUGAUAACAGCUUCAUUACCCGCUCCUUCCUGACUUCCUGCUCCAUCCACGAACCAUGACCUUUCUAUCUUCUCCAGGAAUCGGGGGAAACCUGGUAGCCAUCCAGUCCAGCAGGAUCUCCACUCACCUGCAUUUCCACUGUGCUCCUGGAGAGGUCCCCGACGAGGCCAAAGGCUGCUACUACCCCUGCCGCACCUUUUUCGGCACAGGUGAGACCACGUCGAUGAUUCACCCGAGGAAACGGGCUUCACUGAGAAAUCUGCCGUGAUCAUAACCAGGUUUGAAAUUCACAGUAAGCGAGGAGACGUUGGCGUUAAGUUCUCAUCCUGGUGAGCCGCCUCUCCGUACGAGCAGGCGGGUAAUUGCCGUCUCCUGCUGUCCCAGGUGUAAAUUAAUCUGUUGUUACAGGUCUGUAAUAAAACCCAGCAGGACUCCAGACUCUGGGGACGGUGGGGGGUCCGCUUCUGUCAGACAUGUUGUUUUUUUUUAAUAAAUGCUCAGUUUGAUUCCUGCUUUCUUCACGUUCACCUCUAUCCCCUCAGGAGCCAAUCAUCGCUCAGCUCAGGUGCUCCUCCUCUUGGUGAUCCCCGGCCACCUGAUCUUCCUCUACACCAUCCACCUGAUGAAGAGCGGACACACCACCCUGACGCCCAUCUUUAUGUCCGUCUACCUGGCUGCUGCCAUGCUGCAGGUGAGCGUGAGACGAAUCAAGAGUGACUCCUCCCACCGUGUAGUUUUAUAUCAGAUCGACCAUGUGUGGGAGGAGUGUGAAUCGAGACGGCUGAGUGUCUUCAGAAACAGACGCUCCUGCUCGCUCGUAUCGUUCCAAUUAAAUUCAGAUAUAAUGCAGAUAAAUACUUCAGAUCAUUACAAAUGGGGCCCAGUCAAGGUGAAAGUCAAAAGCAUUGGUGCUACUGUAGAUGCCAACAGACUACCAGCAAACACAAUGUUUGCAGGACUUCUACAACGAGGAUAAAGUGACAUAGUCCAGGACCCGAGGGAGGACAGUUUAGCGAUGGCGCUACAACACGCUACAGCAGGUCCGUUUGACAAGAAACAACGAAAAGAGGAUUAGGGCCUCAUGAAGGGGAAAAAUAAUUACAGGAAGGAGAUGAAGGUUGAAAUUUCGGGAUUAAAAGAAUCAAAAAUAUGUCAAUAAUAUGUAAUUUCGACAUUAAAAACUGAAAUUUAAAGAUUACAGUCAAAAUUUUAAGAUUACAAAAUGUCGAACUGUUGUGAGUAAUGUCGGAAUUUAGUUAUUCAAGAAAAUUAAAAUCUUGACAUGAAAUUUUAAAUGAAAAUUUUUAAAAUCUCCCUCCUGCGAUUAUUUCUUCUCUUCUUGUGGACCGCUCAAAAAUGUUCAAAUGUUGACGACACAGAUAUAAGAGAACACAGAGAUAUCGAUAUAUUACCAAAUGUCAUCAAUAACUAAUAACUAUUGACUGAUAUUAGAAGAUUUUUUUAAAUACACCACAAAAAAAGAUGCUUCUUUAACGGACUCCUGUCGACACCACCUUAAAUGCAGCUCUGAAGACAGACUGUGAGAAUGAAUGACAGUAAAAAAGCUUCUGUCCUUCAGUCUUCUGCGUCCUGACUCACCUGACUCCUCUUAAUUAAUCUUAGUUAAUUUGCAUUUUUGAUACAGGAAGUUAUUCUUAAAGUGGGAUUUAAGUUCCUUUGAGUGUUUCCGCCGGUAGCAGGUGUGCGUUUCCAGAGAUUUCCUCGAGCGUUGUGGUUCGAGGCGACGCUUGAAGGAAUCUGACGAAUGCCAGUUUCUGUUUUGGCAGCACUUAAGAUAAUUAUGAAGCGAGGGUUUGAGUCAUGAGUGACCGCUGUUGGAAUUUGAGGAAUUCAGUCCGUGUUUUUUUUUUUUUUUUGUGCACGCUCUGCUCCGGGCUUUUUAAGGCUCUGCUUAAUCUUCAGUGCAGACGUGGAACAUUAAGGAUGUAAUCCUGACCACGGAGGAGCUGGAGACUCUCCAAAUCAAUUAAGACCAGGGCCAGUAGAGCCGCUUUAGGGGCGCUUUAGGCCCAGAGAGAACAUCCAAUGGCAGAGACAUGCACAGAGGUCUGAAUCCAGCCUCGUAUUUACACCCACUAAAGAAAAUAUUGAUCCUUUCAUCGAGCGGAAUCAGGACCUCAAACAUCACCUGGUUCAGCAGGUUUUAAAUGUUCAGGUUAAAGCUUUAAGACUUCCAGACCCGGGAUGUCAGAAUAAUUCAUGAACUCCUCCUCCUCCUCAUCGUCCUUGUUGAUCCGUCUCUGGGACAUUUGGGAAAACCCGCCCGAAGAGCUGCGCCAGGAGAAGGUUUCAACCAAGUGUGUCGCAGCGACAAGGUUAUUAUAGAAGGAUUGUUUAUGGAAGCAUUCAGCAAAAUCUAAUUUCAUCUGCAUUAUCAUCAUCGGUGUGUUUGCACAGACACAGGCAGAGUAGCAGACACUAAUUACAAGGCUGGAUGCUGCACAUAAUAAGAAAGUUCAGUACCGACUGAAGGUUUUUCUAAAGACGUGUUUGUUGUACGGCUUAUUUGUAUCUCUGAUAUAUGAAAAGAUUCUGUAUUGAUUAAAAAAACUCUGAGCUGAACAAAAACCUUUAACGGAUGUUUUUCAGAAGGUAAAUCAGCUUCAUCAUCGGCGUCUGUAAAUGUGCUUUGUUGGUCCAGAACUCGGUUCCUACCUGCUGAUUUUAGGUGGAGAUCGUUUAGUAAAUCAUAAUAGAUGAUCUCAGAUGAGGAUAAUUAAAUAACACAGUGAUUCUGCAGUCAUCUUUAGGUUAGAGUUUUGCCUUUAUUUGAUGGGACGUCUGAUCACAUAGAGUGAGUCCUGUUGGUUAAAAAUCAUCAAAGUUUGAAUCAGCAGGAUUAACCGAGAUGACCCGAGAUUACUCUGUGAGGUGUUCUCGAUAUACAGGUCGAUCUACGUUCCUACCCUCACCUUUGGUCAGGAGCUGUGGGAAAUGACCGAAAGAACAAGAUCGCGAGUACAAGCGGCCGAAAUGAGUUUCCUCCGCAGGGUGGCUGGGCUCUCCCUUAGAAAUAGGGUCAGAAACUCAGUCUUUGGGAGGGGCUCGGAGAAGAGCCGCUGCUCCUCCGCACUGAGAGGAGUCAGAUGAGGUGGUUGGGCAUCUAAUCAGGGUGCCUCCUGGGUAGGAGAAGAAGCUGGACGAAGUGGCUGGGGAGAGGGAAGUCUGGGCUUCUCUGCUCAAGCUGCUGCCCCUGCGAUCCAAUCCCAGUUAAGCAGUUAAAGAUAGAUGGGUGGAUGGAUGGAUGGUGUUCAAGGUUGGGUUGGUAAAAUUAGACUGAUAUUUGGUGGUACAGCUCGAUUCUGAGAGUUCCCUGAGUGAACGUGAAGUACCAGAACCAGAGGCGGAGAGAGCAGCAGCAAAACCUCCAUACAGAGGGGUACAGAGCAGACGACACCUGACGCUGUUUAAUACCUGACACAGUGUAGAGGGAGGAGCUGCAGAGGAAGCAAAUGUCUGUUUUGACCUAUCAGCUGAUUUGGGCCAGCGUUAAAAUCAGCUGAUGUGCUGCAGCGUGACCAUUUCAUAUUCAUAGUAGGGCUGGGACUCGGUUAAAAAAUUAAUCUAAUUAAUCAGAGUCUUUGCAAUUAAUUAAUCGCAUUUUAAUCACAUAUAAAUAUUCGACCUGAGAAAAAUGAGAAUCUUUAUUUUAAAUGAUGUUGGAGUGAAUCAAUGAAUAAUGAACUAAAUGAAUAAGUAAGGUUAAGCAAGGUGAUACUGAACCAAGACCAACUGAUCAGUGCUUUUUUUAUGCCAUCAAGUGCAGCAAUUAAAACCAGCGUCUUUGAAAUCAGGAGCUCGUGUCAGACCGUCACACAGAACUUUGGAGAGGGAUCUGUCUGCAGACCUCCACUGAGAGGACCCGAGGUGACGGUUUUCCUCACGCGCUCCAGUUCGUUUGAAGUGGUCAUCCAGUUUUGUAUCUUGUCUUUGUUGAGCACAUGAACACACAAAAAAUCAUAUUAACAUUAUAAACAUAAAAUAAAGACCCAAGAAAUAAAAUAUACCGACAAAAUACGUCCUUCUCGGUGUAAUCGCUUUUAAUUUGAAAUGCUUCAAAUAAGCUUCCAGUCCGCCCAGUGGAGGUCCGCAGUCUGCAGGCUUUUGUUUCUCGGCUUUCGUGACACGUUUGAUUUUCAGUCAUAAUGAGGCCCACCACUGUCCAUGCCUGUGCUUCUGCACUGCUGUAUGUUUAAUGAAGCUGCUGAGGGAUGUGAAGGCAGAAACCCGAAUUUCUGUUAAGACGGUAAUGAGCUCAGUGUCAGACUAAACAUCACCAGCUACAGUAUUUUAGUCGUGCAGUCGUAGUCGCGGCGCUCAUCCUGACUAGAUUACAGUAGCUCUGUCAGGUCAGGUGAAGAGUAACAUGACAGUAUAAAGGUGCAGCUCCUCUUGGCCCUUAAUCUGCAAAAUACAGGAUUACCGAUCCAAAACAAGGACUGAGGAGGUUUCAGAAACGCCUCAACGAUACGUCAGGAGGAAGAGGAGGGAUAAAGGAAAAGCGCUCGGUUAUUUCACUCGGCGCUGAAGAGUGCACGGCUCUCUCUGACAUCUUUAUCUCUCUGAAAACAAACGUGUGGGUGUUUGAGGAUUAUGAGCAGGUAUACUUCACCCUCUGUAAGCUUCUCCACCUACACUCCAACCCAGACACUAAUGAUGGUAAUAAAUAUUCUGCCACUCUCAUUAUCUCGCCUGACAGUGCACUCCAAUGAACACAUAAGCUCCACAUUUGGAGGGUUUAGGACUGUCAGCCUCUAUUUUAAUUUAUAAAACCUGAUCUCCUGAGGAACAUCUAUUUUAAUGAAUUCUACGUCCUUGUUUGUGACCGAUUGUUUCGACGGUGGGAAAGAGAGAAAUCAGAGCGGCUCGGUUCAGACACUUGAAUGACGGCGUCAUUAGCUAUGGAUGUCAAUAGCUCCGGUGAGUGUCCUCGAACGGCCCUGCGCCGAGUAUCGCUGCAUCUCUGAUAACUGGAAUCACUUUACAUCUCUUUUCUUCACGCCCUCAAACAACCCGGAGUGAGUGAGUAAAUGAGCAAAGCUUUAAACUGAGGGAGGGUUCAUUUUGAAUAUGCCAGCACAAAACCAAGCCAUCAUGAUGAGUGUUUUCUAAAACCUGGACCUGAUGAUGAAAUUUCCGACAUAUGCGGAACAGCAGCGAUUUUCACUGUCCACCAACCCCUGCCGGAUGCGUUGAUGAGGCAGAUUUCGGACAGUGGGAAUCGUGAGCACUCACAAGAACACGGAAAUUCCCGUGCAAUCGCACGAUAACGAGUUGUUUCCUCGAUUGUGUCCUUCCAGAGGAGGAAAUCAACUCUGUCCAGACCAGUAGACUUUAAGAAUCAGCAUCUCCUCAUCCAUGGUGUCAACGGGGUGAAAAUACGAUCCUGCCAAAAAACUGAGUAUUUUAUUUUGAAAAGAAGGCAGAUUUUAUUUCGUAUCUGUGCCCACCUUACUUUCCAGCACGGGUUAAUCUGUGCUGAAUUUAUCUGGCAUGCUGCGGCGUCCAGAAAAAAUAGAGACCUGCUGAUCAGCUACGAAGCCCUCUGAACCGCAGGGGUCCGGAAAGAAGCCGGUGGAAAUUGACAAAUUAACUUGAAUGGAAACGGUAAGCUGCGAUCGGCGCUGACUCAUGUGCCGAUGAACUCACCUUUACAGAGAAGUAAAAAGAGGACCAAGGAGACCCUGAACUGUGGAGCCGCUGAAAUCCUUUAUCAGGCCAGAAUGGGACGAUAUUUAUCUGACAGUCUCCAGAUUGUUAACGUGCUCCAGUCCAUACUUUUUUCAAACAAGCAAAUAUUUUUCCAACUCGACAGUUUUUCUGUUUCGACAUCCACCGCAGCAACGCCCCACCACCUCCAGUCUGUGCUGAACUCUGCUCACCCUCUAAAACACCCUCUAUUCUCUCCAGACAACAGUCAGAGGUUAGACGCUCUGUCAAACCUGAAUCUGUGUUUUUAUUUCAGUCUCUACAGAGCUCCAAACUCUCGACAAAAACUGCAGAAAAAGGGAUCAUGAGUUUCACUUUAGUCUUGUGUUGCAAAGAGACAGAUCACGGUUUUCGUGUUUAAAAAGGAUCUGAACCGGGGUGAAGGGAUGUUUUUACCAGAGGAAUCCGUUUCCUCGAGGUAGAAACAAACGUAGAUCAGGCAGUUUUUCCGACACCUUUCUAACCCCCAAAGGAACCAGAGUCCUCAGAGUCUCAGGUUGAAGAAAUCUGUUGGAGAAACUCCCAAACUUUUUGUACCAAUUAGUCGCUCAGACCUCAAAAAUCUGUGAAAAUAAGGCCUGGUUGUAGAAACUCUGCUAUAAUUGGAGCACGUCCUGCGUAUCUGGAAGCCUAAAACUCCAAACAUGCAACAAUAUCCCCUCAGAUUCAACACAGACCUUAAAAUAUAGUUUCAUAUUUCCUCUUUUGUCCCAGCGCAGGGCCGGACACGACUUGGUGAAGAUGUCCGCAGCAUGGUGGAAUUAGAUAAUGUCACUCAGUUCAAGUAGAAAGAAGUGUAAGAGUCUGUUUCUUUAAUAGCAGCGAUAAGCAGAAAUUGCACAUGCUGCGGUUUGAUAAUGCUAUAUUUAAAGUGAAAAGCAUUUAAACUGAAACGUUUCUGCAGACUCAUUGUGAGAAAGAGAAAUGACUCUGAAUUCACCAGAGUUCUGCUUUUUGUGGUUCCUGGUUUUACACAAAUCCAAAGUGUCCAAGAGUAAAAACAUAAAAACAAACCUGAACGAUACGACACGACAUGGUUUUUGACGGCGCUGUAUUAACCAGCAGGAAACAGAGGAAGAGUGAAGCGCCGCCGAAUGAACCCUGACAGCGCUUUGAUAGAGUCGUUGUCAGGAAACUCUGGAAAGGUGACUCAGAGUUUAACUCCGCGUGACUGUGGAAAUGCAGUUUUAGAGACUACUCAAGCCAACAGCGGAGAUGUGGAGCGCACGGUUCAUUAUAAACCGUUAACAGCGCUGUUUACGGCUCUUUAACACGGGGGCGCUCUGGAGGUGAAGCUCAUUAUCGAAGGUAUCUGAUGUUAUCUGUGUUAUCUCCACAGAUCAGGAUUUCUGCUUCUGUCAGCUCUGACUCUUAGACCACAGGAGCGUACAGUCAGGAGGGAGACGGAGCGAAGAGCGUUUAUUUCUUUACAAAAUUAUUUAUUCGAUUUAACCAGAAAAAAAAAAAAAACACUGAGAUCAAAAUUUACAGCCAAUCAUAAUGAAGAAGCAUAAAUGUAAAAAAAUGAAACAUAAAUGUUCUUCCUUGAGCUGUGGCACCCCUCUGUAGUCUGUAAUGGACUGGCCUGAGAGUAGAUGAGUAGGUGAGUUGUGUUUAGUCUCUUUGCUAAAGAAAUGAGUCAAAGUUAAAAAGAUGUUUGGUGUCUAGUACUAUGGCUGUGACCCUAUAGACUCAGUGCGGUGGGGAACUUUCAGUCUCUGUUGACUUUGGCGCCCCCUGUGGACAAAAUGGUAACUCCUGUUACUGAUGAUUUUGUUUGAAAGUGAUGUUAACUGACAAAAAAAAAAAUUAUUGUCUUUUAAAAAUUAAGUUUACGACCCAUCUUGAAUAUUUCGCUGUUGUUAAAGUAACUACAGCAGUUUUUUUUCACGCACCUACCCCCUCACAGCACUUAAAGGCAUUAAGCGGCAGUAGCUCAGGAGGUAGAGCGGUCGUCCAAUAACCGGAAGGUUGGCGGUUCGAUUCCCCCCUAAUCCAAGUCUGUCCGUUGUGUCCUUGGGCAAGACACUUAACCCACCUUGCUCCCAGUGUGUGUCCUCCACUGGUGUAUGAUUUUGAGUGUUGUGUGGUGGUGGUCGGAGAGGCCGUAGGCGCAGAAUGGCAGCCACGUUUCCACCACCACCAAAGUGUGACUGUGUGAGCGAAUGAAUGAUGUAUCCAAUGUAAAGCGCUUUGAGGGUCUCUGAUAAAGCGCUAUAUGAAAUCUGAUGCAUUAUUAUUAUUAUUAUUAAAAAUUAGAGUAUAGACAUCGUCAAUUUUAUCAUCACUGGUCUCAUUGGCUUUUGUACAUCAUAGAGUUGCAUUACUGUUCAUUUCAGCCUAUUACAUAGCCUAUUAAAACUCCUUACAGAAGCUUUGAUCGAAUAUCAUUUGUCUUGUUUUAAGUCGAGCUCUUAAAUACAUUCUUCAACGUUGUGCAUCGCUCGACUCUGGAGGUCUUUGCUGCUGCUCUCCUGGUCUUGGUUUUCCAUGUAUGCACAAGAAAGAGCUGAGAGAUCCAAAACAGAGUCGUACCACCUUAAAUAAGUCUGGGCCGGACUUAUUGGUGAAGGUCGAUAAGUAGCGUGGCGUAGUUUUGAGCGUUUUAUAAGAACAGUCCGAUGCAUGUAGAGGAAAAAACCACUCGAAUUCAUCUUUUUUUCUUCUUUGACAUCGAUCCCUCUCCUGAUUUUUCUCCGGUAAGCUACUGAAGAGAGUAUUUAUAUCUGGGUGGGUCAGGACUGACAGCAGAUGGUGCAGAAGAUGAAAUCUGAACAGGCUGUAGAUGAAGAGUUAGAGGAGAGAGCUGCAGAUGACUAACUGAAGGCUCAAACAGCUCUCUGUGGGAAAGCUGGACCGGUGCUAUGAUGAUGAUGUUGACCUGAACAGAAUGUGGCAGAGUGAUAAUGAAGUCGUUCUGGACCUUAAUGCAUCCCAAACUCAUUUUGUAAGGCAAUUACACGGAAAUGAAACAUGCAGGCACCAGGAACAAGCUCCCCAAACGGCCCAGAGAGGUCCCAGAAACGUCCCCAGGUCUCAGGACGCCAGGAUGUGAGGAGUCAUUUCGAGUGCACUUGGAGAAAGACGGGACCGGACAGAUUCAAGGGGGUUUAGUAACAGCAUGCUUCGUUAACCAGGACAGAGGGCACUGAAUCUGCAGCACGGAGAGGAACAAUUAACUCCCGCUCUCAGAGAUAGAGAUGUUUGAAGUCUACUUUCUCUCUCUCUCUCUCUAGCCUUUUCUUCACCUCCUGUUACUGUUGAGGCUGAAACUACCAGGCUGCAGAUGCUUAAUGGAAGUUCACGACCUGAAUGUUAAGUCUCUUAUUAGCUGACCGCUGACUGUCUCCAAACCACAGAUGUCAAAUAUUAAAUGCACAAAAAACCAACGGGGUCAAAUUCCCUCCUGGGUUUUGUUUAUAACGACGAGCCGUGGACACUUUCAUCCUCUGGGCUUUGUGGCGUUUAAUCGCUCGACUAAAAAGAUGAUGGAAAUUACGGUGGGGGGGUCUCGCAUCUUCUCUCUCACACAGAGUUAUUUUUACAUUUAUAUGGAAACCACUAAAUUAAUUCACUGAGGUGGCUUUAAAGGUAAAUACAGACAGUUCAGCUUUAGAGGUUUAGUCGAAAUGAUUGUUUUUUUGAUCCUCUGAAGGUUUUGUAAGCUCAAUUUUUAAUAAAUACGAUGAGGGAUGGAGUCGGGAAUCUGCUCCAGAUCAGAAGUAGUUUGAGCGAGGAAGAAAUCAUGGAGGACAGGAGCGGUCCAAACUGCUAUCCUAUACAAUGAUAUUCAGUAUACGAACUUACUGUAAAAUCCACUCGCUUCGUUAGACCGACAGCUCUCCGGUGAUCCAGUUGUACUCGGAAGUCAGGAUGUCCGACGUCCGAGUCGCAAAUAAAUCCUAAUCGGCAGGUUGGACAAUCCUCACCAAUCCUGACUGAACGACAACGUCAUAAUCCGACAUUUUUGUUAAAUUAAAUAGUGGUUUAUGUUGUACUGCCCAACGUCGAACCGCUAUAGUGUUUGUACGAGUAAAAUACUUUGUUAGCGUUGUUAACAACCAGUAUAGCUAACAACAACUGCUGACAACGGCUAAUGACAGCUGACAGUUGUAAACAACAGCUAACAAUGGCUAACAGUAGGCGUCCAUCUUGGUUUUCUAACUUGUUUACCUGAACGCCGACUUCCGAGGUAACUGGAACGUAGCAAUAGUUAUUCAGCAACUCUGAAUGUUUGAGUAUUUUCAGAGACCGAGAGAUCCGAGUAAUCUGUGUUCAUUUACCUAAUAAUUUUAGGGAUUUUGGUCGUAAGCUAACUAUGCUAAUGGAAGCCUGCAAAAUUAUGAUAUAUAAAAUAUGAUCCGUCGACAAAUCAGAGGCUGUAUCAGCAAUCAUCUGACCUGUAAAGGCCCAAUCAGAAGCCAGGUUUUAAUAUUCAGUUCCUGGUCGGCGUUUAGAGGAAGUCCUGAAGUUAAAAAUCAUAAUCCUGUGUUGAAAUAAGCAGGAUGAAAACUCGUUAGCUAACUAAGUGAGGAGUAGGACUGCAGCUGUUGAAUAGUUUAGUAAUGGACUACCAAAUAUUUCAUCGAUUAAUCGAGCGAUCAGAUAAAACAUAAUUUAUUAAAGUUAAAUUGCAAUUAUUUGAUAUAUAAGAGAAAAUAAGAUAUUUAAGUUUAUAAUGAACAAUCAAUUGUUUUCCUUUUCUAGAAACAAGGCAGAACAAGUGCAUGCGUUAGCGGAUUGCAAUGCUCGUAAGAAAGCUAAUUAUGAUGUUAACUUUUAUCAUGUCUCCAAAGUCGUCAGUGUCCAAGAGCUGAAUCGUAGGCUACAAGCUAGCGUAAAAAGGCGGGUGCAGAGCAGCGUUGUCUCCGCCCACGACUCAGCGGCGAAUAGCUAAUGAGCUACUGGAGCUCUGCAGAGGAAAAGCCUGUUUCAUCAUUUUCAGUUUUUCCGCUCUGCAAAACCAAAACCGCGCCUACUCCUCCUUCUACCGUGGGGACGUAAGCGCGUUGUGUCACCUUGAAAAUAAUCCGUGUGAAACAGUGACGAUUUGAGCUGAUAAAUGAGAACUGGAGGCAGAGGAAGUUCCUCGAUCAUUAUUUGUAAUUGAGGUACUCGAGGAAUCGUUUCAGGUGACGUACGAUCACGCUGUGAGGCGUUCACGGUCAGGUUGGUAAAAUGAGAAUUAAUAAGGAGAGAUCAGGACACUGACACCCAGCAGCCAAAACACUCGUACAUCAUAGAGACACACACUUCCCGGGAACACUCACACUAAUGACAUAAUUAAAAAUGAAGGUGUUUUGGUCUCAGUCAGGGGGAUAAUCGGCCGCUGGAUGAUUUAUACACGCGUGCAGAUCCAGGAAAGGUCAGAGUCAGCUGUGCAUUAAUCCUGUUCAGGUAGAUUUCUGACGGUUUGAGUGGAGGUGUUGCACCGUCUGCCUCUGAAAGGCUGUUUUUAUAAUGAAAGCACUUAUGCAGAGAAAAUGCUACAGUAAACAAACCCGAGUGUGUGUAUAAUAAACUCAUUGCCGAGCUGAACUCUAUUCAAGUCAUGCACUAGAGUGAGUUAUCAUUCAGUAUUGGAUCGACCAUGUGAAACAGCUUGUAAUGGUCUGCAAAUCAAGCACUCCAGCGAGCACUUAUUUUUCAAGAGUACAACAAAAUCCAAUUAUGUCGGCCCCCAUGAUAAACACCUGCAGUGUUCUAAAGCAGCUAAUGGAGUGACAUUAAGGGACACGGUGUGCGCUCUUUCAGGCGGGAUUGCAGGUUUCUGUUAGCUCAGGAUUUAGGCUCGUUAUACACUCGCAUACCAAAUCGAAACAGACAGGCAGAGGAAGCGCGGAGAGGUAAAUCUGAGCAAACGAGCAGAGAAGAGCUCCGUCUCGGUCCCUGAAGUGACACGAAUAUGACUCUGAAGGAGUUAAAACUCUGUUUGAUGAUUUUAACUGAUCUCUGCUUUUCCAAACGUUAAGUAAUGGAUACCUAGGAGGGUCAAAAAGAUCAGAAAACGCACCCGACAGCCAAAGUACACUCACAUGUCUGUUCCAGAGCAGAAAUAGUUUGAGUCAGGAAGAAAUCACGGAGGACAGGAGCGGUCCAAACUGCUGUCCUAAACAACGAAAUAUAGAUAUUCAGUAUAUGAACUUAAUGUAAAAUCCACUCGCUUCGUUAGACCGACAGCUCUCCAGAGAGACCGAGAGAGCCGAGUAAUCUGUGUUGAUUUAUGUAAUCAUUUUUGUGAUUUUGGUCGUAAACUCGUCCGUCGACGAAUCAGAGGCUGUAUAAGCAAUCACAUGACCUGUAAAGGCCCAAUCAGAAGCCAGGUUUUAAUGGUCAGUUUCUUGCAAUAAUGGCUGAACAUACAAAGAGGUCCCCGACAGCCAAAAGUGACCUUUAAUGUCUGAUACCUGUCACUCUCUCAGGUGUGCAGUCUUUGAAUUCUCCAGAUGUUAUCCUGCUGCGGUCUCAGCUGAUGCUAAUGCUAAAACUGAACUGACUAGAUGUAAACAAACACAGAUGUUUAAUGUCAGAGAGUCCUGGUUUGUUAUUUCAUAGUUUAUUGCAGAUUUAUAAAUCCACAUCAGUCUGAAAAAGCAUAAGGAAUAUAAACAUGUACAGACCUGCAUGUGGACUAUCAGGAAAUGAAGCACCUGCAGACUCGAUGAAUUGUGAAUUUGGAUUUUUAUAUUUACCUUUAGAUAAACCAGUUUGUCAGAGUCUAAAUUUCUAUUGAACACGUACGAAAUCAGCUGAUUCAGACGAUCUCUGGAUACUAAAGUGAAAUUAAAUCCUGAGCAGUGACUGAAUUUAGCUGGAAACACUUUUAGAAACUGUCUCACUGAUAAAUCAGAGUCUGAAAUAAACAAACAAGUUUAUUUUUUUAACCUUUAUUUACAAGAAAGUGACUCCAUCAUCAUUUCAGACUAAAGAGCAGCUGAAACUUCCUGACGCCGACAGACAGAAUAAAAAAGGAGCUGUAACUCAAGAAUAGAUCACACCUGAUGCACAAAACUAAGAAUAUUACACAUAAAUAUAUAUAUUUAUUUAUUCAGUUUACUGGUUUAUUUGACAGGAAUAAGACAGUUUCAUAGGGUAUAUAAAGGAGGUGGCAUGUAUGCAGGUUUAUUAGGAGGGCUGUUUUGCGACUCCUGAUCAGACCUGAUCAUUUGUUUUAAUAAAUAAUAGUCAGAAUUCAUUUCCUUCUCACAGUGAUGACAUUUAUAAUAAUGCUCAAGGUUUGCAUGAAUGUUUGAAAUGAGUCAGAAAUUACAAAAGAGCUUCACGAAGAGAAAAACUCACCGAUAAAAGAGGAAACACUAAACGUGAAUAAGAAAACGGCUGGAUAGAAGAAACAAUAAAUGAAGCUCUGUGUAAAAAUGUACAUGACGGCCUCGAGCUUGUUGAACAUCCUCCAACAGCAGAACCUCUGUCUCCUUUGACUGUGAAAUAAAAAUACUUAAAACACGUAAAAGUGAGUCAAAUCGAACGUUUAAAAGAUGGAGGGUUCAGAGUUUUGUCAAACAGCAGCGCCGCUCUCUGAGCUAAAAGGAGCAGUUUUAAUACAAAAGGAUCAAAAUAGAGAGAAAUGUUUCUAAAAACAGUUUAAAUUGUCCGACCAAACUGUUUGUCAGGAAACAUGAAAUAUUCUUUUUUUUCUAUUUGGAGCACAAAGAGAGAAAAUUGCAUGAUUGCAGGCGUUUGAGCAUAAAGCGGAGUGAAGCUCCAUCCAGCAGCAGUUUUCCCUCCGAAAGACUCAUUUUCUUUCUGCUGCGUAUUUCUGCUGUCUGACACCUGUGUAAGUGCUCUGUGAUUGGACAAUCACUGAGACAGAGACGGAUGCGGGCGAAUGUGGUCAUCACGGGGGAUCAAACAGCUUUAUCUUAAUGUAGAGACGCUUCCUCUCCCCUCAGACGUGAUUAAAGGACCAAAUACAGAAACACGAUCGACGAUCGGCGAUGUUUCAUUUUUCAUUUCUCUCCUCUGAAUGUGUAAAUUGGACGCCUCCUAAUCCUUGAAAAACAAACAAAUGGAAUUUUUUUUUCUACUCAUCUUUGUUCGCUGAAACAAAAACAAACUUCGCUCCUGAGGAGGGGUCGGCGGGGUCAAUGAUGGACGACGGUUUUCAGGGAGGUGAUGGUUGCAAGUAGGGCUGCACGACUUAGAUUUUUUUCUCUGAAAACUCGAUUUUGGAUUUCUUUAUUCAGCGACAACUUCACCAAACUUAAUAACUUAAUAACCACAUAAAAAGUUUUUCUAUCAUCUCUCUGAAAACGAUGUAGUUCAUAUGCCAAGACAGUAAGUGGCGCUGUACCGCUGCACAGGAAAUGCACAAAAGACAGAAGAAGAGUACAGAGCGUGUGUAUAAAGGUUGUUUUGGUCGGACACGCUCAGGCGCCAUAAAAGAGUUACUCUGUGUGUCACAUGAUCGUUUCCAGAGAUGCAGAUAGACAUCCACACGGAGAUGAAAUGGUCGUCAUUUUACACAGUUAGUACAGAAGAGAGUUAAAACAAAGACGUUUAUCAAACUGUUAAAGCUCACAAACCAUCGUCAUAUGAGAAAUCUGACAAGUCGUCCUUCAGGUCGUUAUCUUUGUAAUGUUUGUGUCUUUUAUCAAAAAUCUCUCUGUCCUCCGACACGUAAACGAUCAGCCGGUCGGCCAUGUUUGAUAUACCGGUGAAUCACAACAACACGAAAUCUGAUUGGUCAGAAGUGGACACACAGUAUGGGAAACUUUAGAAAAAUCGACGUGAUACGAAAAAAUAAAUGCCGCAAUAUCGCAGGAUAUCGCUGAUGUGAACGCUUGUGUUGACAGGAUACGGGUUCGUAAAAAAAUAUUGACGUCAGAAAUAAUCACUUUUAAUUACUUGGUAGUAGUUUUUUUUUCUCCAUUUUUGGUUUGAGCUCUGGACUGAAUUUUAGUUGUUUUUAUGUACGUGUUUCUGAUAUUGUGUGAUCGUCAGCGUGUGAAGAGUUGUUUUAGGACGUUAUUGAACAUGUCGGUUUACCUGAUCAUGGAUCAGUGAUCGAUAACAGCUGGAAUAUCUGUGUGUUUCUGUCUUUGUUGGAUCUUCAGGUGACACGAAGAAAAGUGUGAAACUAAUAAACGUCUUUAAAAAUAAGCGACAUAAAUCUUAUCCUGUUACAUGUUUCUUCUCAUGAACUCUGACCCUUCCUCUGAGAAACGGGUCGAAUCAGAACUCGUGUCAGAAUGAAGAGUUCUCAUCUCCGGUCCUCCUUGUACCGUCAUGGCCGCUCUGAUCUUCGUACGUGGAUGAUCCUCUAAACCCACCUUUCUUUGUUUUUGUGUGUUUGUAAUGUUUCCCCCCCGACUCACGACAGCUCGUUUCCCCCUAAAUUAUAGACCGGUCCUUAUCUUUUAAUAGACUUCUCUUUUUCUCCGGGCGCCGUUUCCUCCAUGCGUGGAAACUUGAAUUAUGAAUAACACUCUCUUAACUCUCCUCUCGGUCUGCUGCUCCGUCCAUUACUCCUCCUCCUCCUCCUCCUCCUCCUCCUCUUCACUUAAAGUGUUUAUGGCAUUUUGAAGCACUUAUUUCCUCCCAGCUUUGAUAACACCAGCUUUUCUUCUCCCUAUCUGACUUUGGUUUCUAUUCUUCUUCUAUUAAUAACGCUCAGACGGCCUCCUCUCAUCCGUCUUCUCUCACAUUUGUCUUUUUAAUUGCCUCUUUAAACGGUUUUAAUGAACAAAAACGAGGAAAUAAAUACAAAACAAACUCAAACUCAGUAGCUGGUCUUCAGUAGGACUCUUAAAUCCUUAAUCUGCCCGGUAACAGACUGUUUGAACUCUCAGUCUGAUGUGACGAUGAUGAUGAGGUGUCCUGCCGUUACUCUGAACACACUCAUCAGAAAAGCUCAUUGCUGCGUUUGGCUGUUAUGUACUUUCUGUCUCACUUAAUGUGGAAGUUAUUCAGCUAAUAACUUAAUGGGUUUGCUGUGAAGCCAAGAUGGAGAGAGAGAGAGAGAGAGAGAAAGGGAGAGAGAGAGAGAGCACUAAACUUUAUUAAUUCAAUCUUUUCUUGGUUGUUUUGAAGGUUUUUACAGGAAACUUGAUUUUUUAAAGCCGCCGUAAAAUGAGCCGCCGUAAAAUGAUCUUCGUCACUGCUUAAGGAAGUUAGAGUUUGUGUGAUCAUGACUAGAAGGGUUUAGGGGUCUGUGAGCUGAGCUGCAGCUGGACAGUCUGGGAGGAGGACAGUAGUCCGCUUACAUAAAGAUCCACUUAACCGUGUUGGUAGGGCUGCAUGAUUCAUCGAUAAUUUGAUUAUGACGAUGUUAAAAAAAAAUGAAAAUCAUCAAAUUGAUUUUCCUCUCGUUCAUGUCUCACUCCUCCAGGCCACCGUAGGCUCGGCAUAUGCACUACAUUGUAUGUUGUCGCUGAAUGAAAAGAUCAAAAAUCAAGUUUUCAGAGAAAUAAUAAAUAGAUUUUUGAUUUUUGGCCAAAUUCGUGCAGCCCGAGGUUUUUGUUUUGUGAACCAGGAUUCAAACGAACUCCGAUCUAAAUCCACUUCUGUACCUUUAAAAUGAUCGUGUGUGUGACUCUGAUCCUCCUCUCUCUCUCUCUCUCCCUCUCCCUCUCUCUCUCUCUUCGUCUCUCUCUCUCUCUCUUCGUCUCUCUCUCUCUCUGUCUCUCUCUCUCUCCCUCCCUCUCUCUCUCUCUCUCUCUCUCUCUCUCUCCCUCCCUCUCUCUCUCUCUCUCUCUCUCUCUCCCUCUCUCUCCCUCUCCCUCUCUCUCUGUCUCUCUCUCCCCUCUCUCUCUCUCUCUCUCUCUCUCUCUCUCUCUCUCUCUCUCUCUCUCUCUCUCUCUCUCUCUCUCUCUCUCUCUCUCUCUCUCUCUCUCUCUCUCUCCCUCUCCCUCACUCUCUCUCCCUCUCUCCCUCUCUCCCCCUCCCCCUCUCUCUCCCUCUCUCUCUCUCUCAGGUGUUGCUGCUCCUCUGUAUCUCAGACUGGAUGGUCCACUCCAUGUGGCGCAGCGGCAAAGACCCGGACAGUUUCUCCAUUCCUUACCUGACAGCUCUGGGCGACCUGCUGGGCACCGCCCUGCUGGCGCUCAGCUUCCACUUCCUGUGGGUCAUAGGAGAUCAGGACAGCGACGUGGGCGACUGAGGCGGCCUCUGACAGGAAGGCGUCUGCAGCCGAGGAGCGCCGCCACCGCCUGCCAUGUGACUCCUCACAGCCCUGAAGCAUUGUGGGAAUGUGGGUGCUCUCUGUCUCUGGCCAGCACAUUCCUCUGCUUCAUUUCACUCGAACCACAGGAUGGUUUCGAAACUAUUUUCUGCUCGGGGCUUUUUUUCUACUCACAUUAUCCCCAUAAAUUUAGACGACUGUUCUCGGCACAGAGUCUCAUCUGCAUCGUUUGCACCGAAGCACUUGUGUAUUAUCGCGCCGGUCUGUGCGAGGUUGGAGGUCUCUCACGCCGAAUGAAACCUCCUUGGGAGGCAGAUAUUUUUGGGAGUUAGGACCCAGCGUGUCGAACAGUUUGUCACCUGUCUUAUUUGUUUCAGCGAGUGGAGGUGAGACAGUGUCAGCACCAGGGUUUAAAGGGAAUAUAUGUUUCAUUAGCAUUUACGGUACGAGAAUUUAACUUUUCAUCUUCGUUUACCUGUUUUGGUUUGUUUUUAAUGUCUUUAACGUCCUCACUCAUUUCAACGCAGAUUUCAGUAUUUGUUGGACCUGCUGUUCUCUUCGACGAGGCGGGAUCAUCCGUCCCUGCUGACCUUAAAAUAAAACAUCCAUAGUCUGUUUUUGUUCGUUAACUUUAACGUCUGAUCGGGUUUUUCCAACACUGACACUCGAUGUAGCACAAAGCCUAAAAUCCGUGUAGAGGGGCUGCGAGCUGAGCUACCGCUAGGAUAAUUCAGAGUAUGUAGUCCAGAGCUGUCCCAGAGUCACUGAUAAACUCUUAAUGCAGCUGCAACACAGGAAGGCGUCUUUAAAUCGCAGUUUCAUUCGUCAAUUAUGAUAAAUCAUAUUUUUAUUGCAUGUUUAAAAUUCCAUCAUUUGCGUUGCAGAACAGUUUUAAGUCCAUAUUUCAUAUUCGUCGUGUUCAUCAAUUCUCUCCAGUUUCUUCAUUUGUAAAUCAAAUUAACGUCACGGCCUCUACUCAGAGAUUUAUGACUCCGCUGCCGCAGCGGCGAGCUCUGAAACCGUGACGGCUUCAGAGGACGAACUGUGCAGGAGUGCAUGUUCAAAAUCAACAAUCACAGAAAACACGGCGUGCAUUUAUUCAUGAUAACAGCGAGCGUUUGCUGCACCUGCAUGCUUCGCUCCAACUCAACACGACGUGAAACUCGGACUCUAAAGUGACAGCCCUGACGGACACAUAAUGAAGAAGAGAAACUGUAAAAGUGUCUUUUUAACCAAACUCAGAUCUGAGUAUCAGUCCCGUUAAAGUUAAAGCGAUGUAGCUGCGGGGCUCAGCGAGCGCUCCGCUCACGUGUUGGAUGAACCGAACCCUGCAGACGUUCUCUGUCUCUCUGUAGCCUCUUCGUUCUUCAGUUGUAGCAUCUUGAAUUUUCUGUGGAUGUAACAGCGUCUCAUCUCUGAAAACCAAACAUGUCGGUUUGUGUUUGUUUCCUCCUCCCUCUCUCUCUCUCCCCCUCUCUCUUCCUCUCUCUCUCUCCAUCCGUCUGGUUUCUUUCUGGGGGAUGUUUGCACAUUAAUCACUUGCUGUUUACGGCGCAUGGAUGCUCUGAGUUUUACAUUCCUGCUCGCACACGGUGCAUCUUCCCCAUUGUCUGAUUUUCUGCUUUUAUCAGACUAAUAUCAUAAUCAGUGUGCGCAGAUUAAACAUAAUCUGUUUAUUGAUCCCGUCUAAACUCCCUGCUUGAUUAAUAAGAAGGUAAUCUGACUUGAACUGAAACUCUUUCCUGAUAAAAAAAAAAAAAAAGAGCAUCAUGUGAAAAACUCUGAUACGUGCCUCUUGAGAUUCACUGUUAAAGGUUUUUCUCUCUCUUAUGCCAUGAAUGCAUUUUCUCUUCACGGUGCAAUGAUUCCUUUUUCUACUCACUCUCUCUUCUAUGACAACUAUUAUUGUAUUUUCGAAGAGUUUCAUCCCAACAAAAGAGAGGUAUCCACGGUGUAAUGACAGCCUGAGCCGUCUUAGAAAUGACACACUUAUCGGGAUCAGAGGGAUACACUUCCUUUUUGGUUUGAUGCUCUUUGUUUGCUUUCCGGCUCAUAAGGGCCGAAAACGUCUAAAUAAAAGUCUCUUCUUUUGGA